AUGCAGGGACAACGCCAAAGGAAUAGAAGUGUGUAUCAACAGACAAUUGCACUUUUGUGGAAAAAUAUAAUUCUGAAAUGGAGGAUGAGGAUGCAAAACUUUCAGGCAAGUAAAAAUUGCCAAUCGAGGGGAAAUAAAUGUUCAGCAUUUCUUCUUCUGUUCUUUUUUAAAAUUUAAAGUUGUGAAAAUUGAUUAAGCGUUUGAAUAUUGCCAUUGCCAAUGCCAUUGCCAUUGCCAUUUUGUUUUACAGUGAAGUCAAGGGGAGAAGCCACUCGUAAAGUUGCAAUGGAGAACUAGCCUUUUCAGUUACUGUGUUAAUUGCAGAAAAUUUAUUUGAUUUGUCAGUGCAUAUCAUUCCAAGGAUGUUCUAAUAAACAUGCAAGAAAUAGUAGGAUAAAUUAUAGUCCACUUAUUUUUUUCUUUUAUAUCAUUUACCUAUAUACCUCUUUUUGGCCUAAUGUCCCAACAUAUUAUCAGCAUCAGUAUCAGCAUAUUAAGGAUGGAUGGCGGCUAACAGAUUGAGGUUGAAUCCUGACAAGACAGAAGUACUGUUUUGGGGGGACAGGAGGCAGGUGGGUGUGGAGGAUUCCCUGGUCCUGAAUGGGGUAACUGUGCCCCUGAAGGACCAGGUGCGCAGCCUGGGAGUCAUUUUGGACUCACAGUUGUCCAUGGAGGCACAGGUCAAUUCUGUGUCCAGGGCUGCUGUUUAUCAGCUCCAUCUGGUUCACAGGCUGAGAUCCUAUCUGCCCGCAGACUGUCUCGCCAGAGUGGUGCAUGCUCCAGUUAUCUCCUGCUUGGACUACUGCAAUGCGCUCUACGUGGGGCUACCUUUGAAGGUGACCCAGAAACUACAACUAAUCAAGAAUGCGGCAGCUAGACUGGUGACUGGGGGCAGCCGCUGAGACCAUAUAACACCGGUCUUGAAAGACCUACACUGGCUCCCAGUAUGUUUCCGAGCACAAUUCAAAGUUGGUGCUGACCUUUAAAGCCCCAAACAGCCUCGGCCCAGUAUACCUGAAGGAGCGUCUCCACCCCCAUCGUUCUGCCAGGACACUGAGGUCCAGUGCCGAGGGCCUUCUGGCAGUUCCCUCACUGCGAGAAGCAAAGCUACAGGGAACCAGGCAGAGGCCUUCUCGGUAGUGGCACCCGCCCUAUGGAACGCCCUCCCAUCAGAUAUCAAAGAGAAAAACAACUACCAGACUUUUAGAAGACAUCUGAAGGCAGCCCUGUUUCGGGAAGUUUUUAAUGUUUAACAGACCAUUGUAUUUUAAUAUUUUGUAGGAAGCCGCCCAGAGUGGCUGGGGAAACCCAACCAGACGGGUGGGGUAUAAAUAACAAAUUAUUAUUAUUAAUAUUAAUAUUAUUAUUAUUGUUGUUGUUGUUGUUGUUAUUAUACUGAAUAACAGUCCAACAAAAUAUAAUCAAUCAUAAAGACAAACAGACACCUGUAUGGCUAUUUGCUGUAACUGGGUAAAAGUUCACCUAUGAUAAUUGAAUGGAUCCUAUGAAUCUGGGCCAUAGCAUAUAUCAGAGGUUUUCAGCUGUUUUUAGUCCAUGGCUCCCUUGACCAACUAUAUUCUUUUUGAGGCUCCGGUGGGGGAAUUGCGCUCCAAGCCUCUGUAGCCCAGUUAAGUCACCCCUUGCCUGCUGCUCCUGCAGCCCCUCACCCCUUUUCAAACACCCUCCUUUGUGGUGUGUUUCUUCAGGCUCCUCCCCUCUCCCCUCUCCUUGGGAGUCCUCCAGGCAGCAGCCGCCACCGCCCCUGGUUUCUGAGCUGCCCUGCCUGCCCCAAACAGAGGUGCCUGGCCAGCCCUAGAGCCACCAUUUGCCCUGGGGAGCUUGUAGCCAGGGCUGCUGCAACAAACAGCCAUGCAAGCAUAUGCUGUGCACCCGGGGGCGGGGCGAACGUCCCAGGGGGGAGGGACAAGCAUUCCCAGGGGGGCGCCGUGGCGAGUGUCCCAGGGGGUUAGAUGCCCAUGGGGGCGGAGUGAGCCGCCCAUUGGGGGUGGAGCAAGCUGCACAUGGCAGGGUGGGGUGGAAAGGGAGCCACGCCGCUUUGCCAGCAGCCUUCCUCCCUUCCCUCUUACUUUUUUCUUUUUUUCUUUUUUUAAAUUCAUUUUUUUUUCUCAUUCAUCACACACAUCUCACAUUCAUAACAUUUACUAUGCAAUCCCUCCUCCCUCCCCUCCUAGGCUCCCCCCAACUUCCGCUUCUGGUUUGUUUCUCCUUUCUCCCACUUUGCUGCCUCUUAAAAGAAAAAGCUACUAAUAACAUAUUUAUGCAAUAACUUCAAACCUAAAAUUAACAAUAAAUAGAUCAUAUUUACGCGGGUGGCCACAGAGCCUAGGGCUUUCCAAUCAGAAGGUCGGCGGUUCGAAUCCCUGCGACGGGGUGAGCUCCUGUUGCUCAGUCCCUGCUCCUGCCAACCUAGCAGUUCGAAAGCACGUCAAAGUGCAAGUAGAUAAAUAGGUACCGCUCUGGCGGGAAGGUAAACGGUGCUUCUGUGUGCUGGUCUGGUUCACCAGAAGCGGCUUAGUCAUGCUGGCCACAUGACCUGGAAGCUGUACGCUGGCUCCCUCAGCUAAUAAAGCGAGAUGAGCGCUGCAACCCCAGAGUUGGCCACGACUGGACCUAAUGGUCAGGGGUCCCUUUACCUUUACUUAAUUCUUAACUUAAAGAUAGCUGCAGUACUUCUCCCUUGCAUCCUCUUUUCCUGUUAGUUUUAAUUUGCUAUUACACUGGUACCUCAGGUUAAGAACUGAAUUCGUUCUGGAAGUCCCUUCUUAACCUGAAGCUGUUCUUAACCUGAGGUACCACUUUGGCUAAUGGGGCCUCCUGCUGCCGCCACGCCGCCACGUGAUUUCUGUUCUCAUCCUGAAGCAAAGUUCUUAACCCGAGGUACUAUUUCUGGGUUAGUGGAGUCUGUAACCUGAAGUGUCUGUAACCUGAAGCAUCUGUAACCCGAGGUACCACUGUAAUGAUAAAGCUCUGUUCAGUAUAGCAUUGCUACUGUGAUAAGCACUGUCAAUAUAUUCUUACAUUUAAAAGACAUGGUUCUAAUUUUGCUUUUGCAAAAAAAAAUUAAAAAGAUGGGGGGAGAGGUAUUUCUCUCCUUAAACUAUACUGGCUGGAACAGUAAAAAGUUGGCAGAAUUUUAAAGGGGUUACAUAAGUGUAGUAAGUUGAUUUUGUAAUACACCACCAUGGCUCCAAUUCAAGUCAGGCUUGUAUUUCACACAAACAAAGGCCUUUCCAAAAAUCAGACAAGUUCAAAGGUAUGCAAAUACUGCAAAUACUACUUAUAUAAAAUAGAUUUUUUAAAAGCUUUUUUUAAAAAAACAAACAAACAGGCAAUAUCAAAGGAUUAGGAAAAACAACUAUGAGUAAUCAAAUAAAUAUCAGAGCAUCAUUGUGCCUUGAAAACUCUUUCACCCAGAUCCUUACAGAAGUCAGUACAAAAAAAAGAGAUACCUUAUAAGUCAUUAAAAGGUCUGCCAACAGAAAACAAAUCUUUUCUUUGAUGGAUUCUGAAUGUAAUCCCAAUAAAUUCUACACAUUUAAAAUGCAGUUCCAGGUACAAAGGACAAAAUAAAAUGUAGUGUGGAAGAUCUUCUAUCCACAUAUUCCCCCAAAUACAUCUAUGCUACGCCGGGAAAAUCUGAUAAUCUUGGCCGUCAGUCAUAGCCAAUGAAAACAUCUGGAAACUGAGAGCUGCAAAGGCUUGCUUGAGUCUAGGAAAACUAGGAUUAAUCAAACAGGAAGAUCUGUAAUGGUCAUUUUAAAACAGUCAAAACCACACAGCUAUACUUCCCCUUUACAUCUGCAGGUGAGGCAGUAGAAGUGCUGGACUAGUGCCUUGCUUUGGUAAUAGACUGGAUUACUGAGGCUCAAUCCAGAUAAGACUGAGGCACUGUUAGUGGGUGGUUCCUUAGAUUAGAUGAAUGGGAGGCUGCCUGCUCUUGAUGGAACUAUACAUCCUCUGAAGGAGCAGGUACAGAGCUUGAGGAUCCACUGCUGUCACCUGAGGCUCAGGUGGUCUUGGUGGCAUGGGGUGCCUUCCAUCAGCUUAAGCUGGUGACCCAUCUGGACCAGGAUAGCCUAACUUCUGUUGUCUCUGCUCUAGGUUAGAUUACUGCAAUAUGUUAUACCUGGGGCUGCUUCUGAAGUUGGUUCCGAAACUUCAGCUGGUGCAGAAUUCAGUGGCUCACUGGGGCAAGAAGGUUUCAGCAUAUAAAGCCAUUCCUGGUCCAACUGCUCUGGCUGCCAAUUAGUUUCUGGGCCCAAAUUCAAAGUGCUGGUUUUGACCUAUAAAAUCUUUAUAUGGCUCAAGACCGCAAUACCUCAAGCACUGCCUCUCCCCAUAUGAACUGACCCGGACCCUGUGAUCAUCAUUUGAGGCCUGUCUUUGUGUGUCUCAAGAGGUCUGGAGGGUGGCAGUAUGAGAACAAGCCAUUUCUGCAGUGGCUGCCCACUUGUAGAAGGCCCUCCCCAGGGAGGCUCACCUGAGGAGCUGACAUGGAGCCCAAAAGAUCACAAUUUUCCCUAGCAAUGCAAGGGAGGUAUUGGAGGCCCGUAACGCUUUCUCUGGAACAAAGGUGUAGGACCCCAGAAUACAAUGCUCAUGUUUCACAUGUUUUCUGUGCAGACGUUUGCCCAUGCUUUUCCGAGCAGAAAAAGCUUCUGCUCCAUUUUUCUAGCUCUUGAAGGAGUGACCCCACCUUUAUGGGCAAAUCCAAUCUAUUUGUGGGGGUUAUAGAUAUGUGCAUAUUCGUGCACAUGUGUACAAGAAUGCUUGUGUUCAACAGGGGCAUGGGGCAUUCCUUCAUCCCCUUUCCACUAUAUAUGGAAAUGGGGAUGCAGGUGGCGCUGUCGUCUAAACAACAACUGAGCCUCUUGGGUUUGCUGAUCGGAAGGUCGGUGGUUCGAAUCCCCGCGACGGGGUGAGCUCCCGUUGCUCUGUCCCUGCUCCUGCCAACCUAGCAGUUCAAAAGCAUACUAGUGCAAGUAGAUAAACAGGUACUGCUGUGGCGGGAAGGUGAACGGCGUUUCCGUGCACUGCUCUGGUUUUGCCAGUAGUGGUUUAGUCAUGCAGGCCACAUGACCCGGAAAACUGUCUGUGGACAAACGCCGGCUCCCUCGGCCUGAAAGCGAGAUCAGCGCUGCAACCCCAUAGUCGCCUUUCACUGGACAACCAUCCAGGGGUCCUUUACCUUUACCUUUAACUUUAUAUAUGGAACCAUAGGAACCCAUAGGAACAAAAACAUUCUCAUAGCUUAAAACAUCCAAUGUAUUGUUCUAGUCAGUGACUUGUUUGUUAUUUCUAGGAGUGGUUCCUGGUGUUGGGUCUCCUCCUCACAUUUUACCUAACAACAGCAUGGAUAUACUCUGAGCCAACUCAUGAAAUACCUCAGGCAUUCCUUGGUCAACUAGAUGAUCCUUCCUUCAAUUAUACAGAACUUAGGAUCAUGUAUACUCCAAGAACAAAGAUGGCAAUGGAAAUCAUGGAGAAAGUAAAAACCACCUCUGUCAUGAAAGGUAUAUACUAUCUAUUAAAACAUUUUGCUACGUUAUUUCUUUAGUAAGGCUUAAGUUGAAAAUGGAUGAGCUCUGGAGGCUGUUUUCUAUGACAGGAGUGUGAUCUAGAAGAGAUAGGCAAAUAAUGAGUGUCUUUGUCCAUGUGCAGAGUACCCUUUUGUCCCCCCAGAGUGAAUAAAGCAGAGGGUUCCCCUGUCAAACAGCCCUUUUCAGGCAGGAUUGAGACCUCUUCUGAGGAAUCAAGCCAUCUGUCAACAGCAGAACAGUGUUUCUUCAACUGGGGACCAGGGACCACCAGAGAACCCCAGUGUUUUGGCCUGCCCUGGCUGCACCUUUGGGGGGGGGAGUGGCUAACUUUGGCAACUUCCCACAGGCAUGCAAGAGGGAGGUGGUUAGGGAGUGAGAUUGCAGCAUGCAAAGUUGUCUGUGGUUUCCUUAUCCUAAGCCAGGCAUAGGCAAAUUCGGCCCUCCAGAUGUUUUGGGCCUACAGUUCCCAUCAUUCCUGACCACUGGUCCUGUUAGCUAGGGAUCAUGGGAGUUGUAGUCCCAAAACAUAUGGAGCGCCGAGUUUGUCCUAAGCUCUAUAAUCUUGUGAGAUGCCCAUGUCAUAAUGAUACACUUGAAUUGCUUGCAGCCUCUACACAAGAAGCCAUUUCUCUCACUCAGUCUCUCUGUAUGGAGGCUCAUAUAUAACUGCAAUUUUUUUGAACUAAAGGUGUAAGAGUAGAACCGGUAGAAGAUGAAAAUGCAAUGGAAGCCGCGCAAAAGAAUGAAUAUGAUGAUGAUGACUAUGAAUAUGCUGGAGUUGUUUUUCAGGACGACACUUCUUAUCGACUCAGAUUUUCUUAUCCUAGAGUGGUUUCUCCAAGCGCUAAUGUUGAAGAAAUCGGUAAAUCCAAUAUGCCUUUGUAUUUACAUUUCAUUUCUUAGAUAUUCAUAGGUGUACUGUGCAAUCGGGUGCAGAUCUGGACCCACAUAUUAAGUUAAUAAAGAUGAGUAAUCUUUUAAUGUAGAAUGGACAGCUGCAUAUCUAUCCUAUACAUAGACCUAAAGGUACAGGUAAAGGGACCCCUGACCAUUAGGUCCAGUUGCGGACGACUCUGGGGUUGCGGCGCUCAUCUCGCUUUACUGGCCGAUUACUGUUAUACAGCUUCCGGGUCAUGUGGCCAGCAUGACUAAGCCGCUUCUGGCAAACCAGAGCAGCGCACGGAAACGCCGUUUACCUUCCCAACGGAGCGGUACCUACCGGUAUUUAUCUACUUGCACUUUGACGUGCUUUCGAAGUGCUAGGUUGGCAGGAGCAGGGACUGAGCAACGGAAGCUCACCCCGUCGCGGGGAUUCGAACCACCAACCUUCUGACCGGCAAGUCCUAGGCUCUGUGGUUUAACCCACAGUGCCACCCGCGUCCCUAUAUAUAGACCUAUAAAUAAUUAAAUACUUCUGCUCCUUUUUCUUCAUGUAGGAAGAUAUUUAAAGUAGUCAUGCACACAUAUUCAUCUACCUGCUCCUCUACUCUGUCCCUGCUCUGAGCAUGCAUAACUUUUAGGCCAGAACCCUGUGGAAUAGGAGGUGAUAAAGCAUUUCUAACAUAUAUGUCCUACUUCAGAAAUGAGACCAGAUAAUUCAGAACGUCAAAAUCUGAAGAAAAUUUCAGAUUAGGAUACUUUUGGAAAGCUUUUAAAUUAUGUUCCUUCAGACCUUUCAUAGGAUUUACCGAGCAAAGAAUCUUUUAGAACAUUUGAUAUUCCCUUCUGAUUAAAUCUGGUUUAAUUACCGUACAUUUUCAAUGCUUCCAUAACUGUAGGGAACCUAAUAGAAUGUGCAUAUAACACACUGUCCACGUCUUCAUCUUCUUGCUUGUAGAUUACUGUUACAACUAUACAUCAUACUAUUGUAAAAAUCCAAAAUACUGGUUUCAAGGAUUUCUAUCACUGCAGUCCAGCAUUGACAGUGCUAUUAUUGAAGUAAGUAGCGUUAUUUUAUUAUUUGAGGCAUACACUGCUGUAUCAUAUUAGUCUCCCUAUCAAGAUAUAUAUUAAAUGUAAUAUAAAAAUGUGGAAGUCUGACAACAAAGUUAACCCAAGCCCAGCCUUAAGUCUGAGUUGCUUCCUUGACAAUACAACAGCUCCAGGCUCCAGCUUUCUGUAUAUAUGGGGAAAUAGACCCUCUGCAACACAAGUACACACUUGAAGAAACACAUCUGGGCUGUGCAUUAAUAAAUGAGUAGCAACUGUACACUUGAGUACCAUUAAAAACUGUUUACUUUCCCUCUUGCAUAUUCACCAUCAGGAAGGUGUCCUGAUCAGGCCAGGUGAGUCUCAAUUUUCAGGGAAAGGGUGGAGUAACCCCAUCCAGAACCAGGUCGAAAGGACACUGGGAUCAGAAACACAAGGGAAAUCUCAAUCCAGAAACAAGCAAUAGUUCAUAACAAGGUAAAAAAGGUAAAGGUAAAGGGACCCCUGACCAUUAGGUCCAGUCGUGACCGACUCUGGGGUUGCAGUGCUCAUCUUGCUUUAUUGGUCGAGGGAGUCAUGUACAGCUUCCGGGUCAUGUGGCCAGCAUGACUAAGCCGCUUCUGGUGAACCAGAGCAGCGCACGGAAAUGCCGUUUACCUUCCCGCCGGAGCGGUACCUAUUUAUCUACUUGCACUUUGAUGUGCCUUCGAUUUGCUAGGUUGGCAGGAGCAGGGACUGAGCAACGGGAGCUCACCCUGUCACGGGGAUUCGAACCGCCGACCUUCUGUUUGGCAAGUCCUAGGCUCUGUGGUUUAACCCACAGCACCACCCACAUCCCCUCAUAACAAGGUAGGGCAGAUUAAGUGAAACAUGCAGUUCAUAAGCAUCUGGAAAAUGAAAGACACAAAUUGUUUUAGCAGCUCCCAGACCUCAGCUGAGUCAGUGAUGGGGAAUCUGUGGUCCACUGAUUGUUGUUAGCUUCCAACUUGUAUCAGCCCCGCAUGGCUAAAGAUGAGGGAAGACAGGAGCUGGAAUUCAGCAACAUCUCAAGGGUCAUAGGUCCUCCAUCCCUGAGGCUUAUAUAGUCUAGUCCAGAGGGUUCCAAACUUAUUUGGCCUACUGCCCCCUGGAAAUUUGCCGUCUUUAAUCAAACAAACAGAAAGAUGCAGUGAUAAAUUUGCCUUCUUUUAUGCAUCUAUAUUUCUACCUAAGUCCUACAACACAGUAAAGAAAGAUGCUGUUGUAAAUAAGACACCUUGAAGCUUGACGUUAUAAAUAGGCAAGCAAGCAAGCAAGCUGUGAUCCACUUCCUGGGCCUGGGUGAAGCUGAAGAGGGUUCACCGAAGCCUGGGAAAACCCCUUGCCUCCAGCACAACCGCCGGAUCCAGGGGAGGCAUUGUUGCCAUCCCACGACUGUGCCCAACCUGGUGAUAAGCGUCAUUGCACAACAGAUGAAACAUGUAUGAAUGGUUUUUCAGAAUUUUCUCCUCUUCUUUCUUUAUGCUUCCACUGCUCCCUUAUUUUUAUUCAAUACCCCCCCAAUUGCACCAGAGGCUUCUACUGCUCCCCUGGAUCGUCCCAGUGCCCCCCAGGGGGUGGUAUUUGUUAUAUAAUGAAGUUCUCACCCUGGGCCAGCAAGGGGAUACUGUAGAUAGUUAUGCAAAUAAGGGAUCGAAAGUGACGUUCAGUGAUUGGAUAGUUUUAGAAAAUUGUUACAGUUACAUUGUACUGGAACUCUAUAUAGGCAGGCUGACUGAACCCUUCAGUUCAGUUCUGUCCUGGCCUGUGAAUAAACAAGAGCUGUUUGAAGAAUCGCAGUGUCAUCUGAUAUGUUCACCCACAACCUAACAGUAUUGCCCACUUUGGGAAACACUGGUCUAGUCUGACAAACUUCACCCAGGCCCAGCUGCAAGCGCUCAGCCUGCUCUCCAGGAGCUUUUUACUGUCAACAAGUCCCUUAUAGUUUUAUUAAGCUGGGCUCUCUGUCACAAGGCCUUUUGCUUUGUGACUGCCCAAGCCUAGAUUUUCUUGCAUCUAUGUAUUCUAGGGCUAGGAGGCAAUUCAACUUCUGCUUCUAAACAAAAUCCUAAAUGUAUACCUUCUGUAUACCUGAAGGAGCACCUCCACCUCCAUCAUUUAACCCGGACACUGAGAUCCAGCUCCAAGGGCCUUCUGGAAGUUCCCUCAUUACAAGAAGCAGUGCUUUUUUCGGGGGGGGGGGGUGCAAGGCUAUGCAUACCCCUAAACAUUUUGUGAAACUUUGUACUUUUGUCCAUUUACUGUAUUUAUUUUCCUCGAUUUGAAAUAUAAAAUGGUGAUUUUCUUGAGUCCAAAUGAGAGUACCCCUAAACAUUUUUUAAGGAAAAAAAUCACUGGCAAGAAGUGAGAUUACAGAGGGCCUUCUUGGUAAUACUGUGGUUUAAUAAUUUGUUGGAAGCCGCCCAGAGUGGCGACAUGUGAAGACCUUUUUGCCAUUGAGCUAUGUCUGCAAAACGGGGAUAAGCAACAGGUUCAUGUGGCAAUGAGAAUUGUGAAAUACUCCAGAACUGUUAUGGAAUUGUUCAAUGACUUUUUCCUAACACUGUUGCCUUCUUAAUUUUAAUUUUUAGCUGAUCACCAAUCAUUCUGUUUGGGACGAAAUGAAAUCUAUUGGUGGCAUCCGUAUGAGAUCGCCUUCUCUUACUCCUUCAGAUAGCUUAGCAAGCAACCUGACCUUUCUGGCUACAGUCUUGUGCUUCUCUCCAUUUUUGUACUUCUUGUCACAAAAUGUUUCAGGAGAAAAACGGAAAUUGAAGGAGAUGAUGAAGACAAUGGGGCUACGAGACACAGCAUUCUGGUGAGCCAUGGGAUUGGCUUCCUAUGAGAAAAAGGAUAAAAGAAUGAUACGAGGCCCCUAGAUCUGAGUUUUUGUAUUUUAGACUAUAGUUCCUUAAUCAUAAUAGAGAUUGGACUGGAAAUGUUACCACCUUGGGCACUCUUAGGUCAUUAGACAACACUGAACAUGGAGGUGCUGCUUCAAAUGGGAACCUGAGUUAUUUUCCCUCAGCAUAAUCUUCUGGUACUCCUACCUUGGCUGUGUUGCCAUUCAGUGGUGUAGCGUGGGGGGUGCAGGGGGGACCGGCCACACCGGGCGCAACAUCUGGGGGUUAGGGUUAGGGGGCGCAAAUCCACGGGUUAGGGGGCGCAAAUUACUUGCCUUGCCCCGGGUGCUGACAACCCACGCUACGCCACUGUUGCCAUUGGGUUGUUUAUUUCCCCUUUCUUACUCUACAUCAUCAGCUGCCAUUAGCAAGGGUGAAGAGCAUGGUUCCAUCUGCCUAAACAUUUGAUCCCUUCCAGGAGAAAAAAAAACUCCCUCAGUAAGAGAAUGGCAAAUAAGAUUUUGUGAAUACAGUGGUACCUCAGGUUACAUACGCUUCAGGUUACAGACUCUGCUAACCCAGAAAUAGUGCUUCAGGUUAAGAACUUUGCUUCAGGAUGAGAACAGAAAUCGUGUUCCGGCGGCGCAGCGGCAGCAGGAGGCCCCAUUAGCUAAAGUGGUGCUUCAGGUUAAGAACAGUUUCAGGUUAAGAAUGGACCUCCGGAACAAAUUAAGUACGUAAUCAGAGGUACCACUGUACAUAGAAUCAGCAAGACUUAAAGCAGUGGUAAGAGGUCAAUCAGACCAAAAACUGAGGAGUGGACUUGCGUGAAGGAAUACAUCAAAAAACAUUGUUCUGGUAUUAAUAUAUCAAUAUGCAAUGAAUGAAACUUAUAGAGUAAAAAAUAAAGAAGAAAUGGGUAUAAGAUGAGAUAGUCAAAAAUAAUAUUGAUAACACAGUGAAAAAAAGAAAAGAAAUAAAGGAAGCCACACAGAGGUGGAGGGAAGUCAAGAUUUAUGUUUGCAUGUUUAGUUUGUUUGUUUGUUUUCUUUUUUGUAAUCUAAGUUGAGAGGUGUAUGUAUGUGUGUAUAAUAAGUUUGUUUUGUGUUUUGUUUUGUGUUUGUAAGUAUUGUAUUUAUCAAUAAAAGUUUAAAAAAACACCAUUUGAGCCCUUCCAGUCAUAAAACAAAACUUCCAUGGAUGCUUCUAUGUCAAAUUUCUCACUUACGCAACUUUGAGUGUCGUCUUUGUCCUCUUUCAUUCUGCAUACCCUUUAUCCCAAUCACGUGCCGGAGUUCAAAUUGUCAAGAAGACUAACAGGAUUUUUCCAUCAUAGGCUAUCCUGGGGUCUGCUGUAUGCUGUGUACGUUGCGAUUUUGUCCUGUCUGUUGGCAUUUCCCUUGAUGAGUUCCUAUUUGUCUGCAAGCACCUUUCCUGCAGUAUUCUUUCUGCUCUUCCUUUAUGGCAUAUCAUGUGUGAGUAUGUGAAUUUUAUUCUAUAAAGUACUUAAUUCGGGGGGGUGGGGGUGGCAGCAGUCAGGCCAGUGCAGGUGGUGGGCAGCUGAGUACUUUGCCCCAGACCUUGGAGGGCUAAGCUGGCCAGGGGCUCCCUGCCAGGACCCUGCCAGACUUACAUUGUCAUGCCAGGAACAUCUCAUGCCUCCCAGCCAACCAGGAACUUUACGGGGGAAACAAGACUCUGGCCCCAUGCUUCAGACACAGGCCUGGCUGCAGUUAAGCCAGCAGAAUGCUAGCUGUCACAUUCCAAAUACAGUGGUACCUCGGGUUACAAACACCUCGGGUUACAAACACUUCGGGUUACAGACUCCGCUAACCCGGAAGUAGUACCUCGGGUUAAAAACUUUACCUCAGGAUGAGAACAGAAAUCGCAUGCCGGUAGCGCAUCCGCAGUGGGAGGCCCCAUUAGCUAAAGUGGUACCUCAGGUUAAGAAUGGUUUCAGGUUAAGAACGGACCUCCGGAACGAAUCAAGUUCAUAACCAGAGAUACCACUGUAACAUUUUCUCCUACAUUUUGAUUGUGGGUUGUCCUCUGAGUAAGGAUGCCCUCUGUACACAGUUGGAAAGAAACUUAGGGUAAGCCAACUGUGCCUUUUUCCAGAUUUUAUCUUUUUUAAACAAUACCACCACCACCACCAAACAUCCUUCUGAGGAUUGUUGGAAGGAAUUCGGAGAUGCUAUGGGGCAAAGAAAUCAUUUAGUCCUCUUCUUGAGACACUUUGCCAACAAUGGCUCAGGAUAAGAAAGGUUUAAAUAUUCCCUUUUGGGGAAAUGGUCCUGUGUUUGAAGAAGGCAGUCAGUGAAGAACUUGCCCUGCUUGCUCUCUGUUUGUAUCUCUUAACAUUAUUUUAAAAUUUAAAAUAAAAUAAAAAAUAUGGACAGGUUUCAAGUGACAUCCAACAUUGCAUAUCUGCCUGUGUAAUGGGACUUCCUCUCCUCCACCCUGUAGCCCUUUGUGCACAACCUCCCCAUGUAACAGAUUGUGGAGGUUACUGGCAAAUGGGAUUAGUCAUGAUUAACCUAAUGAGCAUAUAUGUAAAAUUAAUAUGCCCCCACCAGACACGUAUCAGUUUCACUUGUUUACAUUGAAUUGCAUUUGCCAUUUGACCACCAAUUUACCGUAUUUUUCGUUCCAUAAGACACACUUUUUCCCUCCUAAAAAGUAAGGGGAAAUGUGUGUGCAUCUUAUGGAGCGAAUGCAGGCUGCGCAGCUAUCCCAGAAGCCAGAACAGCAAGAGGGAGAGCUGCGCAAAGCCUCUUGUGCUGCCUUCCCAGCGAAGAAGAAGAAGAAGAGUUUGGAUUUGAUAUCCCGCCUUUCACUCCCCUUCAGGAGUCUCAAAGCGGCUAACAUUCGCCUUUCCCUUCCUCCCCCACAACAAACACUCUGUGAGGUGAGUGGGGCUGAGAGACUUCAAGGAAGUGUGACUGGCCCAAGGUCACCCAGCAGCUGCAUGUGGAGGAGCGGAGACGCGAAGCAGGAUGAGGGACGGAAGGGAGCCUUACGGGCGCGCGGACCAGCGGCUCCUUAGCCUGAUCCUCCCUCCUCCUUCCUCUUCCUCUUGUUUUCCCCAGCUGCCUUGGGCUUCUCUUGAACCUUCCUGAGAGCCCGGCUGCCCCCUAAGCCGGCUGCCUGGCUCUAUUCCUCGCAAGCCCCUUGAUGUGCUGGAAGCAGCAGCAGCAGCUGCUGUGGCAUCGGCAGCCCCUGGCAAGGCUCAGGAGCGCUCAAAUGCAUAGCACAAGGAGGGGAGAGGCCUCAGAUGCAGAAUAUUUUUUUUUCUUGUUUUCCUCCUCUAAAAACUAGGUGCGUCUUAUGGUCGGGUGCGUCUUAUAGAGCGAAAAAUACUGGUACUUAAGUCUGUUGAUUUUAGUGGGUCUGCUCAAAGCACGACUUACUUCGAUAGCAAUCCAAUCUCUUUAAAUUACAGUGGUAACUCGGGUUGCAUACGCUUCAGGUUACAGACUCCGCUAACCCAGAAAUAGUGCUUCAGGUUAAGAACUUUGCUUCAGGAUGAGAACAGAAAUUGUGCUCCGGCGGCACGGCAGCAGCAGGAGGCCCCAUUAGCUAAAGUGGUGCUUCAGGUUAAGAACAGUUUCAGGUUAAGAACGGACCUCCGGAACGAAUUAAGUACUUAACCCAAGGUACCACUAUAGUAUCGAACUCAAUUCCUGCUAACUGGUUGUUUCCUGUUUUUCAGAUAUGCUUCUGCUUCAUGGUCAGUUCUCUCUUAAAGAAGCCUAAGACCACUUCAUUCGUUGUCUUCCUCUUCAUGUUUACUCUUGGAGCCAUCAGCAUUGCUCUGUUGAUCAAUUUAGUUCCUGCAGCUUUGAAAUGGACUUUGAGUGUCUUCUGCCCCUUCGCCUUUGGUGUUGAACUGUCAAAGGUAGGGUGCUGUGCUUUAUUUGGGAUGGAAACAAAAUUCUACCCCCCCCAACCUUGGUGAAGCUGAUUUUCAGGCAUGUUUUCAGUGGAGAGCAGAGGUGCCGAGUUGUGCCCAACAUUGUGGGGCCUGUUGCGCGUGUGACGCACACUGGGUUGGGAGGAGGCUGACCAUGGAGGCAGGGGGCCAGCUCUGUCCUUUCAAAAACAGGAAAGUGAAACCCUGUCAGUUCUCCCCACCCUGCCCUACCAUGCUGGCCUGCAGCCCCUUAUUUCUUUUCCUGCUCUCUGUGUGUCACAUUCACAGCAGAGCAUCUGUUUCUUUGCCCCUGUACCUGAUGCAACAAAUGCCACAGCACAGCCUAACCCUUCCUGACGACUCUCUUCAGCAGGGUAAUGGUAGAAACCAUGCCCCCCCCCCUUUCCCAGCAAAGGCGUAGCCGUCGGCUGCCCCUUGCCUCAGCCCCGGGGCUUGCAGCUUCCUCUACCUCAGCCUGGGGCUGAGGCGGAGGGUGGAACAGGGGGCAAAACGGGGUGGCUCAGCCUGCCUAGUUGAAGGAACCUCAGCCCUAUAGAGUUGGCGCCUGUGGUGGAGAAAGAUCCCAACCAUCAUGGUAGCACGGGCAUUUUCCAGGGCUGGCCCUGCCAUGCAGUGGCAGAGCUUCAUGCUCCAGCACCGGGGGGGUGGGGGUGGAGAGCUGGUGGGGGCAGGGCUGGCACACGUCCCAGGGGGCGCGGCAUGCCACCUGCAGGGGGGCAGCAGCCUACCUGGAUUGCGCUGCCAGGGGCGGUGCGCUCCCCCAGCACUCCUCUUCCUCCACCAGUGCUGCCAUGCACAGUGUAAAGCAGGGGAGGACAUUGCUGUGUGUGCCACAUGACAUGCCCUGUGCCUCCGAAACUAACCUGCUGCCCACAGGUGCAGUGGUGUUGUCCCGUCACCAGUACUGAAGUAAGGUCCAGCUUCUGGUCCAGAUGGCUUCUGCACAUGGAGAGCUGAGGGGAGAGCACCCAUUUACCCUUUCCUUUAUGCAGGAAAGUGUGUUGGGCAAUCCCCGCCCUUUCCAUUCGCCUCUCUUAAGGUAUUCUGAGAGUGAAUGUACAGAAAUCUGUAUACAGUGAACACUCAGGUUGCGAACGUGAUCCAUGCAGGAUGCAUGUUCGCAAUCCGCAGCGUUCACAACCCACGCGGGUUGCGAUUCAGUGCUUCUGCGCAUGCGCAAAGUGUGAUUUAGCGCUUCGGCGCAUGCACGACCGCCGAAACCCGGAAGUAACCUGUUCCAGUACUUCUGGGUUUCGCAACCUGAAAAAACAAAACCUGAAGCAUCUGUAACCCGAGGUAUGACUGUACUGAUACAACAGGUGCUCCUCUGUAUUCUAUUCUAUUUUACUUAACUGUGAUCCAUGCUUCGCUUACAUGGGGCUAGCUUUUAAACAACAGGCAGCGAGGGGCUAAUUCCGUUUCAAACUUUUCUUCCUCCAGUUUUGACCCACGGGGACUUAGACGUUGUCCUUUCCACCCACAGAUUCUCCAUGUUCAAAAAUAUGGAGGAAACUUCACCUUGUCUAGCCUAAUGCAUGAACCAUGCACAUAUAUCCUGGUUUUUGACGGUACUUUAUAUAUGUUGCUGGCCCUCUAUUUUAACAAGGUCAUACCCGGUAAGCAUACGACAAGCAUGCUAGCUGCAUAAUUGUUGCUUUAAAACAGCUGCAUCAGUUGCAUUUGUUUCUGGGCCCAGUUGAAGAUGUUUCACACCACUAGUGUUUAAAACCCUAAGCAAAUAUCUGAAAGGCUUGCCUCCUUCCCCACUCUCUCAUCCGUUGACUUUAGAAGUGGUUUAUGUUCUUGGUAGGGACGCGGUUGGCGCUGUGGGUUAAACCACAGAGCCUAGGACUUGCCGAUCAGAAGGUCAGCAGUUCGAAUCCCCGUGACGGGGUGAGCUCCCGUUGCUCGGUCCCAGCUCCUGCCAACCUAGCAGUUCGAAAGCACAUCAAAGUGCAAGUAGAUAAAUAGGUACCGCUCCGGUGGGAAGGUAAACAGCGUUUCCGUGCACUGCUCUGGUUCGCCAGAGUCAUGCUGGCCACAUGACCUGGAAGCUGUCUGCGGACAAACACCAGCUCCCUUGGUUUGUAAAGCGAGAAGAGUGCCGCAACCCCAGAGUCUGUCACGACUGGACCUAAUGGUCAGGGGUCCCUUUACCCUUUACCUUUAUGUUCUUGGUAAGAACAUAAAAGAGCCAAAGAGCCAACAAGCCCAGGAUCCUGUUCUCACAGUAACCAACAAGAUACCUGUGGGAAGUCCGCAGAAAACGUGCAAGCAUUCAGUGGAGAAAAUGGAAAAACAUGCAGUGGAAGCUGUUUGACUUCUGAGGCACAUUUGAAAACGGAAGCAUUUAAUUCUGGGUUUUUGGCAUUCGGGUCCCAAAAUGUUCGGCUUCCAAGACACUCGAAAACUGAGGUACAACUGUACUUCCAUUGCUCUCAUAAGUUUUUUUGAGGAGAGGGGCAUUCCCUGUGGCAGCCCCCAAGCUGUGGACUUCUCUCUCCCAGAUGGCACUUUCAUUGUAUGGUUUCUUUAUUAAAUAAAUGUUAUUAAGUUCCAUAGAGAAAAAUACGAAAGUUAAUAUCUUUUUCCUUUAAAAAAACAACAACCACCAAAUCAAACCGAGGCUUUUAUCUAAAUACAAUAAAAACACAAAAAUGGGAGGGGCAAGGGAGAGAGCUAGAGAAAGAAAAGGAAAGAAAUAAAAAGAGAAGGAAAGAGAUUAAAAGAGAAAGAGAGAAAAAUAAGGUUCAGAAAAUAAAGGACUUCCAAUUGUUCAUCUGUCCACUAUAUAUAAAAACAAUAGUCACUUCAUCCAAUCCAAUAUAACACCAAACAAAACCGUUUUUUAUAAACAAACAUUAUCUUCAAUCCUCAAAUUCAGAUAUCAGUAUUUUAUUUUAUUUUUCAUGCAAAAAGUCCAUGAGGGAGUUCCAGUCUUUAACAAAUGUUCACAAUGCAUUAAACAAGGCCAAUUUCUCCAUCUCUGCUAAGUCUGUUUUAACAGCUGUUCUUCUGUUGUUGGUAAUAGUGGGCCCUUCCAUCUUUGUGCAUAUAAAAGACUUGCAGCCACAAUCACAAUAUUGUAGCAAAGUUCCAUAGUCUUUUUCUAACUGUAUAUCCAUAAGUCCCAGUAAGAAGAGUUUCUGACAUACUGCAGGUGUACCUCCUGGCCUUUGAGAUUUGAGAUGUACUCUGGUCUUUGACAUAGGGAUAGGAUCCACCCUAUUCUUGUGACAAUAACCAUACUUUUUCGUCUAUAAGACGCCCCCAUGGAUAAGACGCCCCUUAGUUUUUGGGACUCAAUAUUAAGAAAAUGGGGAGAUUGUCCAGAAUGGGAGGAAUGCCAAAAAAAGCUCACCCAAAUUCCAAACGUUUGCGAUCGAAUGCAAUGCAGAAGCCUUCUAUCGUAUUUCCGAUUAGCAUGAUUGGAGCAGCAGUACUAGACCUUGCUUGAGAUGUAGUAGCUUAUAUAUUCUGUUUAAGAUUCUGAAAGCAUAAGCAUUAUCCAAAUAUGGAUUCUAUGAAGAUAUAUUUAAAGAAACUUUGUUAGCUUUUAGGUCCUAGCCCUGCUUUCAUCUAGGACAGUUAAAAGCACAUUUUACAACCCCUUUGCUUUUCCCUGCAAGAUAUGAGCAAUCAAACCAGGAAGUCUCUAAUUAACCAUAGUUUCUUGUUUUGCCUGAACCAGAAAAUGACGUUUACUGGCUUUAGAGCAAGGCAAAAUCCCGCUUUGUUCUGAAAUUAGCAGCCAUAGUUUCCUAGUUCAGAUGAAACACAAAGCUAUGAUCAGUUAGAGACAUUUUGAGUUUAAUGUGACUUGUGUGAAGGGAACAGGAAAGAGGCUGAGGCUUAAUAAUCCAAGAUAUGAUUGCCUGAAUGCAACCGAUGUAUCUAUUCGGUUAAAGUUAUGUGACUUGUUCCACAACCACUACAUAUUUGAAUGAAUGACUGUUUAAGUAAGCUGCAACAUCCAUUUCCACUAAAUGUUGGUCACUGAGACUGUGCUAUAGAGAAGUAGCAAGGGCUGAUAAAUUUGAAGUGUGUUACAUGUUUAAUACCAAGAAUUAAUAGAACCUUUUGAUGCAUAAAACCUUUUUUAUAUGUGUAUCUUAGACAAAUAUGGCGUGCCCUAUCCUCCCUUCUUUUUCCUGAAGAAGUCCUACUGGUUUAAAUCAAGAGGAAGCUAUACCAGCACUGCUCUUACAAAUGAACCAAGCCAUGGUAAUAUCUUCAGUGACAAUGCUGAGCUUGUGCCUCCUGAAUUUGAUGGAAAGGAAGCCAUUAGGUAAAAGUUAAGGAGGUGUGGCCUUAAAUAAUUUUUUGAGCAAAUUGACGCAGAAAUCCUGCCCCUGCGCCAAGGAUCUGUAUGAAGUCAAUAAUAUUUGGUUUUUGUUUUCAGAGAGUAUUGGGGAACAUUGUUUUUAUUCACAAGAGAGCGAUGCAGACAGAAAUAUAUACUUCUGUUGCACAAAAUGCCAAGGAGUCUCAAGGAUGUGGAUGAGGUUGUUUAUUGGGAAUGACAACUAACCGAGCAUAUGUCUAAGAAUUCUUUCUACCCAUGUGCAACAUUGAUAGGGAAGAAAGAUAAUAUCUGGUCUGAAUUUGAAAUAGUAGUUUCAAAGUUGCACAGCUUGACCAUUUCCAUAGAGAUGAUACGCCGCCGGGGAGAUAGUUGUGACUAAAUUGUAACUAAAAUCCAGUAUUGUAUUAACCAUUCGUUGUUUCCGAAUCCUUUAGACUAAAUAACAUUAAAAAAACUUACAAAGUGAAGAGCAAGGAAACAGAAGCUUUGAGAGGUGAGAUGCUUUUCAUGUUUUCUCGUCCGUUCCGUAGUGGGACUGGGCUGCAUGCAUGAAACUGUGUGUGCAGAUUGAAUGACUCCACCGCCUACUGAAGGAAAGGGAGAAACUAACAAUGGGUUGCGGGCUUGGAAGCAGAAUAAGGAGCCUUGGCUAUACGUUUGUGAAACAUUGCUCUGGAGCACAGGGGUCAACCCUCCUAAUUUGCACUGUUAAAUGUGGACAAGUAGUCUGGUUUCUUUUUGUUUUCCAUUGCCUUUUCAGCAGGCUUGCCCACUCUAAGCUUUGUGGCUAAUAUCUAACCUCCCCUCAAUGCAGUUACAUUUACUGAGCACUGACUGUUAUGGUGGGACAAGGCGGUUUGUAGGAAAUAAUGGAUUUCCCCUCUUCCUUUAUUGAUUCAUGGGCUCACCACUGCCCCAUGUUCAACUGCUUCUGCAUUCAUAAACAGCUAGGAGAAUUGCUUCCACUGCACUCCCUAUGAAUACUGUACCACUUUUCUAUAUUACUAUGUACAAGGCAGUUUACAGCAACAAAAUAUACAACAAAGAACACAUACCUUUUAAUAAUUUGAUCCAAUACCAAAAGUCACAAUCAAACAUAACUUUAAAAUGGAACAACUUAGAUUAUUGUAUAUUACUUUAUUUGAUGUAUUAGAAUCUAAUAGUACACCAUAAAAUUAACUCUCAGAACAUCAGCUGAUAAUAAUUAAGCAAAAAUUCACUCUUAACAAUUACAAUAAUUACUAAACUAUGAUCAAUAAAAAUAACUGCAAGUCGUGAUGCAUAAAAUACCACAAUGCAUGUAAAAGCGUGGAACUGAGAAACAAACACACACACGAAAUUAUUUUUUAAACAUCCCUGAGCAUUCUAUCAACAGCUUGUGGCAGAUACAAUGUCCUUUGGUUCAUUAAUCUCCCCUCCACAAUCCUGAUACUGUAUGUGCAUCAGUAAUACUGCAUACAAAAACCAAAUUCCAAAACCUUUUAUGCCUUUUUUUUUUUUACUCAUUUGCACAUGAAAUACCAAAUGCAAAAAUAAUCUUCAUAAAGUUCAUUUGUCACCCUUGAGGAGACAUGACUCCUUGACACUGUCACUAACGUCCACAAAUUAGAAGUGGAUAUCUUCAGGACAAAACCUACAGCUGGGGUGGACAGAAGGUAAAUUGAAUCCUAGGACGCAGCUAUAGUGUAUAGCUGCAAGCAAGCAAGCAAGCAAGCAAGCAAAUAAAUAAAUAAAUAAAUAAAUAAAUAAAUAAUUUAAGUGUGCUGUAAAGUGCAUUAUACAAUCUUACAUUAGAUGGUGAUGGUGAGCUAUGGCAAAUUCAAUACAUUUUUCAAAACUUUUUUAAAAAAGCGUUUUCACAAUGUUUUUUUAUAUGUGUCUCGUUUCCAUCAUAGAAUCUUAAGAGUUGGCAGGGACCCAAGAGCCAUCUGCAAUGCAGGAAUUCAUGAUAAUUGGAAAACAAUUGGAUCCGAUCUUCUAUGUAAACACAUCAAGUGGCAUUUUUGGACUAUUUUAUGAGCUCACAAAAGUACAUGUAUAUAUGGAACACAGGAAGCUGUAUUAUACCCAAUCAGACCUCUGGCUCAUCUGCACUGACUGUCCAGCAGCUCACAAGGGCUUAUUGCACUGACAUUCCCAGUCUUGGAGAUGCUAGGGAUUAAACUAGGGACCUGUUUCAUGUAAAACACAUACUCUACUACUGUAUUGUACUGCCCCCCCCCCGUACUACAUAUCACUGCAUGCACAGUGGUAAAAAACAAAAACACCUCUUGAUGCAAUCAUAUGACUUUUUGCAGUGCUUUAUCAAUGCAUGCCAAAAAUUCAUACAGAUAUUGAAAAGUGGAGACAAAUGAAAUAAACUGACAUCAGGACUAUACAUGCACAGCUCUCUGUACAAAAUUUAGGAUGGGGCGGGGAGGUGUAACAGUGGAAGAUUUAUUCCUAAUUCCCGAUUGAUUCCAUGGAGAAGCAAUAUUCUGCAGUAUGAAAUUCCAAGAAUCCAUCCGAAAAUUCAAAUGAGAAUUUUGGCAGCAUCCCUAGUGCUUGAUGUGAUGUGAUGUGAGGAAAUUAAAAAUGAGCCAUGACGGGAAGUUUUGUAGGUUUACUCAGAAGUGAGAUUUCAAUGGAACUUAUUAGUAAGAGGGUUUAGGAAUGCAGCCUCCGUGUACCUUGGCCGUUUUAAGAGCUAACUUCUGUUCUUCUGUUAGGCUUGUCCUUGGAUAUUUAUGAAGGUCAAAUCACUGCAGUUCUUGGUUGUAGUGGAGCUGGGAAAACAACACUGCUAAACAUCCUUAGUGGACUUCUGAAGCCAUCUGAUGGUACGUAUCAGAACUUUAAAAUGAAGGAGGCUGCCACCCAAAUCCAUAAGAACAGGAGGAAGUUCCCCUUGAUCAGACCAAAGCCUUAUCAAGUCCAUCAUUUGAUUCCCACAAAGGCCCACCACACGCCACUGAGAGGAGCACAAAGGGGGCAGUAGCAGUUCCACAGCAGUCAGUCUUCUGAUUUAGCCUUUGCGACUAGCAGCCACAAACAUGUCCAAAUCCCCUUUUAAGGCCAUUUAGGUUGGGGAGCCAUUGCUACACUGUAUGGCGGCAACUUCCGUAGUUUAAUUAUGUGCUUUGUGGAGAACUGAGAUUCGUUGUUGUCAUUGAGGCUGCGAGGAUUCCAAACAAUCAUACCUAGAAUUGCAGUCUAGGUCUCAUUUCCACUCUUAGCAGGACAGCAGUUAAUAGGAUAUGUUGAAACUUUUAUGAGAAUUCAAGCAGCCUACUCUGUUUAUUAAGCCAACCUAUUUGCUUCCUAUUUGCUUAUGUGUACAGGCUCUGCGACCAUCUUCAAGUACAAUAUAUCAGCAAGGGAAGAUAUGGAACAAAUUAGGGAGAUAAGUGCUGUGUGCCCACAAUUCAACGUGCAAUUUGAAUUCCUAACGCUGAAAGAAAAUUUACGGACUUUUGCUAAAAUAAAGGGGAUUCCAAACAAUGAUAUUGAGAAUGAGGUAAGGAUAUAUUCAUAUGGCAAGUAUUUCUGUUCUGCCUCUUUAUAUUAUUCGUCUAUUUUCUUUGUAGAACAGGUUCAUGGCAAGGCAUCACUGCCUUAUCAUUUGUUCUGCUUUGUAUUUGAGGUUUACUCAGCCUAAUUCAGAGAAAACUCAUUGUGCUUAAGUCCCGCUGAAGUCAAUGGGACAAAUUUGUUGAAACCAAUUUAAAUCCUGUUAAUUGCAAUGGGAGAAGUGCAAUAAAUUUGCAAUAGGUAAAGGUAAAGGGACCCCUGACCAUUAGGUCCAGUUGUGACCGACUCUGGGGUUGCGGCGCUCAUCUCGCUUUAUUGGCCGAGGGAGUCGGCAUACAGCUUCCGGGUCAUGUGGCCAGCAUGACUAAGCUGCUUCUGGUGAACCAGAGCAGCACACAGAAACGCCGUUUACCUUCCCGCCGGAGCGGUACCUAUUUAUCUACUUGCACUUUGACGUGCUUUCGAACUGCUAGGUUGGCAGGAGCAGGGACCGAGCAAUGGGAGCUCACCCCGUCGCGGGGAUUCAAACCGCUGACCUUCUGAUAGGCUCUGUGGUUUAACCCACAGUGCCACCCGGGUCCCUUAGACUGGGACUAAUUCAAUAACUGAACAAAAUAUGUAAGCCUUGCGACCUACACAAAUGAAAAUUCUUCCAGCACUGUCUUUGUUAUCAUACUAUGGAGGAAUUAUUUGAAGAUUCUCUUGAAAUGAGUUGAGUUGAGGCAUACCCCUCAACUGUCCUGAUUUGACCAGGACAUCCAGAAUUACAGAAGCCAUCUCAGCUCCUGAUUGGAUCCCGGGAUGUACUAUUUUGGCUCCCACAAGAGUGUGGCCUCAAAAGAUGCCCAUUUUGGGGGGCUGUGCUCUUGUUUGAGUCAUGUGACAUGCAUCCUGAUUUUCCUCUGUGGCAGGUUGCAGGGUAUGUUGAGAUUCUUGCUGAGUAUAUGUAUAACUCAGAGCAGGGCCUUCAUGUGGCUGCCGCCUUUCUUUGGAACAGUAUUAUUGUCAAGAUACGACAGGCGCCCAUUAUCUGCUCUUUCCAGAAACAAAUGAAUUUAAUUUUUUUGACAGACUUUCCCAGCUGAAUAAAUGGAUAUUUACCACAAGUAUAUACCUUGUAUUGAUUUAGUUUUGUUUGUUUAAGCAUUGUAUUUUUGACUUUUCAAUUACACAUACUAAACAAAGCAGAACAGUAAUAAAUUGAUAAAACAAAAAGCUAUUUUUGGGUGUAAUGCAAAGACAAGAGUGCAUAGAUUAUAGGAAAACAAAAGGGUUCCUCUGGUUGAGUAGCAGAAACAAGGCUCAGGAAUGAUUAGUCACAAAAUUCUAUAGCUGAUAAAAAGGCUUCUGUUGGGCUCAUAACUUGAAACUUGGCAUUUACAAUCUAGCUGAUGCCGUCUACAAAACCGCCACAUUUCAAACUGAUGCAGUAAAAAUGGCCACAAUUACAGCAAGUUACAAAGUUCUGAAAAGUGACACUUUGACCUCUUUUUUUCCAGUUGGCAACAAAUCAUUUCAUAUUAUUUCUUUUAGAUGUUGCAAACUACUGGUGUACUUUAUCCAUGCUUGUUGUGGACCAGACCUUUUCAUUGUUUUGAUGAAAUCCUGAUCAGCAGUUUGAAAUUAUUAAGUUUUCCUGCCCAGCUGAAAUCUAUGGAAAACAAGGACUUGCAAAAUAAUGCUUGGUACUUGACUGAAGGCAAAAAUGAAGGCAGAAUGUUGCAGCAGGAGUCAUCUAAUGGAUGCUAUGUGCAAUGCCUUUUCCUUAGUUAUUAAAUAUCACAGCAUGGGUGAAGAAAAAGGCAUGAUUGAAAAAUAAUGUAGGAAUGGACCAUGUUGUAGAACAUUUAGCGGCAGAUAUUCAGGCACCCAGUGCAUAUUAAAGUCCUAGUGUUGAUGUGUUUGGGAGGGAACAAGGAGCAGGGUCUUAAUGUAAUCCCACUUUCUGCUUCUCAAGAGCUGAUUUCAAACUCUAAACCUUCUUGAAGGGCUCCUUGAGUGACAGCUGUGCAUCCAGAAAAUGCAGCGUGAGCAAUACCGAACUGCCUCAUGGACCACUCUUCACUAGAUGAACCAAUAGCGUUUUCCAGUCCACACAUGAAACUGUACUGUAAUCCCAUUGGCAUUCAUAAAAAAUUAUAAUAAUAGGACAUGCAUCGUUGCAUAACCAAGCAAACCCUGGAAUACAACAGUCUGGAGCAAUGCCAUUUGGGUUCUUCCAAAAACCUGCUUGAGCAAAUGAUCCUAAUUCCAGGGACGACAUCUCAUCUGGAAAUGCCUUAUACUUCAAAUAUGAGAGGUUGCAUAAUAUUCCAUUAAGAUUCGAACCUCUAUAAAAUAGCUUGUUGCUUUCAACCAACCAAGUGACUGAAAAGCAAGAUAGGAAGAAAUCCGAAAGAAUCCAACAUCUUGGUGCUUGAAACAUGUGUUUAUAUGCUUUACAGGUGCAAAAGCUAGUGACCCUCUUGGAUCUCGAAGCCAUUCAAGACACCCUAGCUAAUCGUUUAAGUGGUGGGCAAAAGCGAAAAUUAUCUCUCGCGAUUACUUUCUUGGGAGAGCCACAGGUAGGUGAAGCAAGGUCAGGACAAAAGGACCUGUUGAACAUAUUUCAUAAGUACUCUCCAUCUUGUAAUGCAUCUACUGUUUCCUCUCAAAGGCAAUGGAGGGUGUAGAUCUCUCACUGAUCUGUGGUCAGUCAUGAAACUCCCUAAUUUCAGUCUUAUCUUUACUUCCCUUCUAAAUUCCCAUUCCCCAAACACUGUAUGUAAAGUGAAGCUUUCACAUUUAGUACAAGAUUAGCUUCAAUUUUUUAAAAAAAUAAUAAUAUAAAAUUAUUUUCCCCAAAACAUUUUUUAAAGCCGCAUAACUGUUUAUAUUGUUGUGAGUUAACCCUGCACCCAGCAAGGGGUUAAAAUGUAAUGGAGGAUGCAACUGUUGGAAUAGCCAGGCCAGCUUCUUGGUGAGUUAAUGGCCCUUAAGUAUGGGUCCUUAGGGUAACAAAGGAAGUGGGCUUUGUGCCAGAGGCCAAAUGAGUGGGCCCCUUCCCUCACCUGGCUGGUGGUGAGAAGGACAAGUGCCAGAGGUAUGUGAGAGAGAGCUGGGCGGGAAGCAAACAGCAGGCAGAAGUCAGAGAGUGAGAGCCAUGUUUGAUUUCUGUUUGAAUCCAAGGCUUUGGCUACGGGAAAAGCAAGACCUUCUGGGGCGUUAAUGCUGUGACCAUAUCCAUUGUAGACUCAGGUUGUAUAUACAAUGGUACCUCAGGUUAAGAACUUAAUUUGUUCUGGAGGUCCGUUCUUAACCUGAAACUGUUCUUAACCUGAAGCACCACUUUAGCUAAUGGGGCCUCCCACUGCCGCUCAAUUUCUGUUCUCAUCCUAAAGCAAAGUUCUUAACCCAAGGUACUAUUUCUGGGUUAGCGAAGUCUGUAACCUGAAGCGUCUGUAACCCGAGGUACCACUUUAUGUGUAAAUAAACUGUUAUGUAUUGAAGUUCUCACCCUGGCCACCAGGGGUAUUGUGUACAGUGGUACCUCGGGUUACAGACGCUUCAGGUUACAGACUCCGCUAACCCAGAAAUAGUGCCUCGGGUUAAAAACUUUGCUUCAGGAUGAGAACAGAAAUCGUGCUCCGGUGGCGCGGCAGCAGCGGGAGGCCCCAUUAGCUAAAGUGGUGCUUCAGGUUAAGAACAGUUUCAGGUUAAGAACGGACCUCCGGAACGAAUUAAGUACUUAACCCGAGGUACCACUGUAUAUAGUUUUCACUCAGGUCCACGUCAGUUAAUUUAGGCGGGAAACCCUGGGGUGUUGUUGUCACAAUGUUGACAGCCGGCUGCCUAUAAAAGCUGUUCAGUUCAGUUCAGUUCCAGCUUACUAUAAAGAACCACUUGGAGAAAUCUCUGUGUCGUCUGCUUUGUCAACCCACUACUUAAUAUAAACCAUAUAUUAUAAAGGCACCACAGUCUUUGCUGUUCCUCAUUCCAAGGAAAGUGAACUCUGGGUAAGAUCCCGGGACCCCUGGGCUCUUGCACCACUCCACAGUUGGGGUGGCAUUCAAAAAUAUCAUUGACCCAAUUGGGUUGCCAUUAAUUCUUUUUAAAGAAUCCACUUCAACAUGGAAUGCUAUGUGCUAAUUUCUCAAGGUUUCCGAGUCUGAAAAUGCAAUCGCAUGUUCUGCCUACAGGUCUUAUUCUUAGAUGAACCAACUGCAGGGCUGGAUCCUUACUCUCGACACCAAGUGUGGGCCCUCCUGAAUGAGCGCAAAGCAGGUCGAGUGAUUCUGCUCACCACUCAGUUAAUGGAUGAAGCUGAUAUUCUUGCUGGUUAGUAGAAUGUCUCAUGGUAAAAACAGUUUGACAAGUAUAGGCAUGAAGCGAGAGAGAAAUAACCGAGACCAUGUGACUUGGGAACUUGUCCCGCACUGAUCUGCACUAUCCUUAUUUCUGUCUGUUGGAACAAAAAGCUCUUCUGUUGCACUGCGUAAAGGAGGUGAUCCACAUAGCACCCUAGAUGAUUCCUUCACAUCUUUCACUAUGCUGUCAUUCACCAAGUUCCUGUUAUUCCAGGAGUAACAGGCGUGCUGAGGACUAGCCUUGGAAAUUCCAAUGCCUUUGUGAAAUGUCAAAUUACUGUUACCUCUUCUGCUUCACUGGCUAAGCCCGGCAUCCCGUACCUGUGGCCCUCCAGAUGUUUUGGCGUACAACUCCCAUGAUCCCUAUCUAACAGGACCAGUGGUCAGGGAUUAUGGGAAUUGUAGUCCAAAACAUCUGGAGGGCUGAAGGUUGAGGAUGCCUGCGCUAAGCGUUUAAUGCAGUGUUUCCCAAACUUGGGUCUCCAGCUGUUUAUGGACCACAAUUCCCAUCAUCCUUGACCACUGGUCCUGCUAGUUAGGGAUGAUGUGAGUUGUAGUCCAAAAAAACAGCUGGAGACCCAAGUUUGGGAAAUGCUGGUUUAAUGGGUUGCAGCUACUACUCUUCAAUGCAGUCUUCACAGCUGUUUGAGGGUGACCAAUCUUUUCUCUCAUUCCAUCACCUUCAUUAGCUUUUGGAUCCUUUCCCUGUUAUCUGCUGCAUCUCUUUUUGCAUGACAUCAACUUCCCUGCCCUAACAAUUGACAUGUGAUUGUAAAAUAAUCUGUACUGGGAGGACAGGUGAAAUAAUCCCUCCCAUCACUCUGGGGGACAAGUGUUUGCAUUUUCCAAGCUUGGCUCCACCUGGGUUACAAGGAGUAAAUAGAUCUCUUCCAGCUGAGCCUUGAUCAACAAGUUCUGCCUUAGCUGAAAUGUGUUUUGCAUUUCCUAUCUUAUUCCGGGUUCCUGAUAUGUAGCUUCCCUUAGAUUGCACCUUGGUCUUCAGCUUCUGACUCGCUCCAGACUGCUUUUUGUGACCUGGACAAUUAUGCUGACUUAACCCUACCCCAAUGAAAUAGAUUUGCUUGCAAGACCUGCUGUGACGAUUGUACAGCUUGCCUGUUUGUGUGUGCAACAUACUCCUCUGAUUCGUGUGCAUGUAAACAAACAGGAUUGUUUGAAAUGAAGGCAGCAUUUCUGGAACUCGUUUUAUUUUCUGCAUCACCCUUCUGAAUCUCAGCUCACUGCACAUUCCCCUUCAGAUAUUUCCUGCUUCUGAUUUGGAUAUGGGGAAGAAUUUAUUUCUGCAGAAUGUGAUAAGUAAAACCAGAACUUUAUGUGUUUUUCCUUCCAGACCGGAAAGCAUUUAUCUCUCAUGGCAGGCUGUCUUGUGUUGGUUCAUCUUUAUUCUUGAAGAAAAAAUGGGGUGUUGGCUACCAUUUAAGGUACUUUUGAGUUUGGCAAUCUUGUACUCUUACCUAUUUUGCAAUCUCUGGUGGGCAACCACAGAUAUUUAUCUAUUUUAUUUAUAAAAUUGUGCAAACUCUUCUUCUUUUUUAAAAAAAAAUCUAAGUAUGUCAAGAAAUUCCUCCUUUCUGGCUCAAUGUCUCUUGGUCCAAGCUCAGACCAAAAAGAGGAAAGGGCGAGAUCAGGCUGUAAAGAUGCUGUGCUGCUGUUUCUUUCAGCAGAACUCUUAUGGUUUUAGUAAUGUCAUAAAUACUUGAUUCAGAUAAGUUUUAUUAAAGGAAUGCAAUACUUGGUAAUUGGUGUCCAUCUAAAUCCAUUCUGAAUACGAACAGGAUGCAUGUAAAUGAAUUGUAUGACCCCGAGAGAACAACAUCCCUGGUCAAGCAAUACAUCCCUGCUGCCAAAUUAUCAGCACAACAUGAAAAUGAGCUGAGUUAUAUACUGCCCUUGGAAAAUGUGGAUAAAUUUCCAGGUAAUUAUCAUCUUGAAUAUGUAAAUGAUAUCAUAGCUAUCAUCUUUGAGUGUGCUAUUGGAGAUGUUCCUCAAAAUGUUACUUUGGGCUGUAAGUACAAUAAAAAGGAUUUGCACAAGGCCGUAAUGGAGAUUGGAAAUGCUAAUCUUGAACUAGAAGUAAGCACUUGAGUUUCUUUCUCCUUGUCAUGUAGAUCUGUUCUCUGACAUGGACCGCCAGAAAGAACUAGGAAUUGUUAAUUAUGGGGUUACCAUGACAACUCUGGAAGAUGUCUUCUUGAAGCUGGAGGGAAAUGAAAUGAUUGAUGAGAAAGGUAACAUACUGUUCCAAAUAACAUACUUUCUAGUAGUGAUUCCCUGCUACAGCAGGGAAAAUAUGAGUUUGGGACCAUAUCUGUUGUUGGCAUCCAACUGUCGUGGGAGCAUACCCUCCAACAUUUCUCCUAUUUUAUAAUAAUAAUAUCUAUAUGCCACCCAUUUGACUGGGUUGCCCAAGCCACUCUGGGUGGCUCCCAAUAAAUAUAUAUAAAACAUAAUAAAACAUUUAUUCUUGCAUUUCAGGGUGUUAGACUAGAUGAUCCUUGGGUCCCUUCCAACUCGUAAGAUUCUAUGAUUCUAUAAAACGUUUAAAAACUUCCCUAUACAGGGUUGCCUUCAGAUGUCUUCUGAAGGUUGUAUAGUUACUUAUCUCCUUGGCUUGGGGGUUGCAUAACUCCAUACCCUCCAACAUUUCUCUGAUGAAAAUAGGGACGUCCUAAGGAAAAGCGGGGCAUUCUGGGAUCGAAUCAGAAACCUGGACAGCUUCUGUGAAUCCAGGAUCGUCCCUGGAAAAGUGUUGCAUUACAGCUGCCUUUCCCUGUUUUUUUUGAAUGUGGGAGUGAGAGCUGGGAUGGUUUACCAAUGACAGGGGGAAAACAUCUGCAGUAGUGGUGGCAGCAAGGAGAGCUGGGGGGAAGUAGGGGAUUGACUGACCCAGCAUCAGAAGAAGUCAGAACUGAGUUUGUAUAAGCAAGUAGUCUCUCCUUUGGCCAAUACCAAAGUUCUUAUUUUGUGCUUUUGAAAUUUGAUUACAAAGAGGGGCCAAAGGGUGCUGACGAAAUGGAACAAGAUCUGCUAUUGCUCUCAGACACGGGAAAGGCAACCAUAAGCGGAUCAGAACUCUGGAGGCAACAAGUUUGCGCCAUAGCAAGAAUGCAUUUUUUAAAUCUCAAGCGCGAGAGCAAACUCUGGAGAACGCUGUAAGUGCCAAGAUAAUUGCUUAAAAGCCGUCGCAAUCUGGGUUACUGUAUAUGUAGCAUCGCCCCCUAGCCUCCACCACCACACUGUAACUACUAACACACACACACACACCACAAUUGUGAAUCAACUACCCUUCCAAUUUUGCAGCCACAAUUGUACACUAUUUUCACCUUCAUCCCUGUUCCCAUCAAGGGGAGGGGGCAGAAAAUGAGGGGGAGGAAGAGGCAUGGAAAUGGGGGUGAAACGGGAAUGUGGGGGUGCAAGGGGACUGCAGUGUAGAAGAGAGCAGCAGCUUCAGAAAUGGGGUUGGGAAGGUGGAAAUGGGGAUUAGUAGUUGCAUGCAGUUGGAGGGGGCUGGUCUACAGGAGUACAGUAGUAUCUCGGGUUACAUACACUUCAGGUUACAGACUCGGCUAACCCAGAAAUAGUACCUCGGGUUAAGAACUUUGCUUCAGGAUGAGAACAGAAAUUGUGCUCUGGCGGCGCAGAGGCAGUGGGAGGCCCCAUUAGCUUCAGGUUAAGAACAGUUUCAGGUCAAGAACGGACCUCCAGAACGAAUUAAGUACUUAACCCGAGGUACCACUGUACUGAGGUGGGGGGCAGAAUUGAGAGGUUAGCAGUGGGGGAUAGGCUGGUUUGGCCAGUGACAGAAAUGGGGUUUCUGCCACUAAUAGAUUCAAUACCAGUUGCAAUCAUUCUCAUUUGCUUAAUUACUAUCCUUUCUUUAUUACAGACUGCUCCUUUUUAUAAUUUUGCUGGCACCUUUCGUCAUCCAGGUGCUGCUAUAUACUAUUUGGGGGAGCCUGCAUUGCGCAGAGCUACACCCUGGGCUUUAUUUUGAGCCAGGAAAGGAGUCUUUCAGAGGGUCUGCUGGACUUCUGAUCCUUAAUAAUACAGGUAAGAGUGAAGAACAGAAUAUUGAGAUUUCCCCCCCCCCCCCCGCCCCAAUCAGGUUUCGACCAAGAGCCAACAUGCCAAUACACCAUGGCCAGACUGGGAAAACCUGAGUACAAAUCUCUCCUCAGCAUAAAGCACAGUGAUUGAACAAUAAUCAUCUCUCUUUUUUAAAAAAUUAAUUUUUAUUAACCGACCAAUCAAAUCACAUCACAUCACAUAAAUUCCAAAUUAGAAAGCCGAAUUUUAAAUUUUUUGUUGGGGGUACCCAUAUUUCAAGUUCCGAAGGGGAUUCCAAUCAUCUUCUUGCUGCUGCGUUAAUAUCCACAAAUCUGUCCAAAUAAUGUUCAUAUUUCUAUCCAGUCCUAUCUUGCUGUUCCCACGUCUCAUCUUAUUCAUAUAUUUUUAUUUUUUGUUUGUGAUCUCUUCUGAUAAUCUCCUUAAGCAGGUAAACACCAGUUAUAAUCCUGUGUGAAUUUUUCCGUUAGUCCAAUCACCAUAUUGAGAUGGUUUCCAUAUAUUAUCACUUCCAUAAAUAAAAGCACUCUUUCCAUCAUUCAUCUUUGCAAAUCUGUCACCUUCUUUAGUCCUCUGAGGAGGCCGCCCACAGUAUGAAAACAGAUCCAUUCCUCCUCCCAGACAUAAGUCUUUCGACAGAACUUGCCAAAAUGGCGACGCUGUUUUUUUACUGCGUCAUCCCAAAGCUCUUAAACUUUCCACGAUCUCCUUAAAGCAUGCUUUUGGUUAGAGAUUAUCUCCACACAGUCUUAAAUCAUCAGCUUAGGUCAUUUAAGCAGCAUUUCUGACUUGUGGGGGGGGGAUUCUUGGUUAAUCACAUAAAGAAAAGAAAGGAAAGUCCCCCCCCCAUCCAGUCCCGUUGCCGACAUACCGAGCCUUGGUGUGUCUUCUCAUGAUAUAUUCCUGUUUAUCCAACCCGUCUUCUUUCUCAGAGAUCUCUUCAAUUAGCAGUCUUUACUCCCCCUUCUUCCUUGAAAUAUGUGCAUUUGCUUCCACCUAAUUAUUUCUUUUGAAGUUGCUGCAGCUAGAGGUGCGAAUCAGAGACAGCGUCCAGGAGAGCCGAAGUCCGUGCCUAGUGCCCCCCACCCCCUCGAGUUCGGGGGUGGUAUAGGGCACAGCAGGCAAGGGCAGUCCCCCCCACUCACUUGGGGGGCAGGGAGGCUGCUUACUCCCAUCACAGCCUCUUAAUUACCUCGUGUGGGUUGGAGAGAUGUUAUUGUCAGCCAUCUUCCAAUGCGCCCCUAGUGGCACCCCCCUGAACAAUAAUCAUCUCUUAAUCCAAUAUUGUCUCAGUGUUGUGAGCAAAAAGUGAGGGGAGGGGAACCAUGUCUAACAGCCCUUUGGAAGGAAGGAUAGAAUAUGAAUGUAAUAAAAUGAAGUUUUCGUACAAUUUUAAUGGACCAGUAGAAAGCGAGUGAAAAAUGUUUUUCCAGCUCUCUGUCAGGAACUGAAGGCUUUUUAACUAAGAGCACCCAGAGCCCCAACUAUAGCAUAGCUCUAUAGAUUGCCUGAGGAGUUUGGUUUACUCAUAAGGAGUAGGUUCCUUACAAAUAACCCUUUGUUCCGUACGAGACCAUGUUCUUCUGGAGAAAACUUCAGCAUCAGGCAGCUGACUGAGCCUGCAACUUUAGGAAUCAGUAUUCCCUUGGACUCAGUAGUGGUUUAGCCUCUACCAUUGAUUUUGAGCAAAGGUCUGGUGGAGAAAGGUCUUGUGCCAUGAUCCCUGAAAGCCCCAAAUCCCCCUGCUGUGUCUCACUGCCCCAUUAUACAUUGUGCUCCUCUAUAAUGUUAGCUUUGGGGAGUGCCAAGUCCUCCUCUGAAGAGGAUUCCUCCAGGGCUGUCUGAGAUGCCAGAUUGUAUAAGGUAUCAGAUAUUUGCUUACAAAAAUUUUGAUUACAGCCAACCAGGAUAUGGCUCUUCAAAGCUUGCUUCACUGACGGGGUCAUAUCAUGGAGCCUGGCACUAUUGGCAUUCCUAAAAGAAUAAGAUAAUUCCAAUAUUACCUGAAUAGAAAAAUAAAAAAUUAAGAAUUUGGGGUGGAAUUCAAGAUGGCACUAAGGCGAUUGUUCCGUCAGUGCUCGUCUCCUCCUCCAUGCUGUUUUAGGGGUUUUCCCCAAACUUCCCUCCCCUCAAGUCAGUUUGGGGAGGAGAGGGUGAGGGAAGCCCAUUUGUGCUAGUGGGAUAACACAACCCAUUUUAGCAAAUAAAUAGGCAUUAAAUGUUACACAAAGAUAAUUGAAAUUCUGUAUUACACUUCAUUUUGGUUUUCUCCAAAUUUAGAAAUUAAGAUUCUACCACAGUCCUCCUGUCAUUCUGCGAAUCCUUGUUUUCUUUUUCAGGUGCAAGCAUUGACAAUUUCAUCCAAGCAGUGAAGAAUCAGAAUGUCCUGGUAGAAGUUGUCUCUGGCAAAAAUGUCAGUGACCAACUAGUGCACAAUGGGGCUAUAAUGGUAGCCCUUGAAGACAAGGUAACUUCAGUUAUUUUUUGUUGCAAUCAGUACCAUUUUUCUAGAAAAGGAGGUGCCAGAACUCACCACGAACGCCUCCCUUGUUUUCUUAAAAUGGCAAUGGUGCUCACCUGAGAGGUGCCAGAACUGAGUUCUGACUGGGGGGGGGGGAAGCCCCCUGGGUGUAAUCCUAAGUGGGAUAAAACUGGGGAGCAAAGCCCCAUAUCGACUGUUACCAUCUUGUGCCUGCUUGUGCAGGGGCAGGAAAUGUCAGGGCAGACUUACUCUUUGCAUUUCCAUGUGGUUUCCUUUUUUAAUCUUUAGCCCCAUAUCGCUGGCUGGAGGGGGUUAGGACCGUGUGAAACUGGCUCCCUGACAACGAAGGAGAGCUUUGACUGUCCUUGUUUCUUCAUAAAAGCAAUACUAAAAAAUCCUGGUAACCAAAUAUGGUUGUACAUGUUUUUAAUUUGAAAGCAAGCAGCAUCUUGUGGUGUUGAGCGUAGCUGUUUUGCAAGCCUGUUUUUAAAUGCCUUUCCCAGUUAAAGAGAAAUGCUCUUUAAGCAGAGUAUAAUACUGGUGCAGCAUCAGGUAACAGGUAACAGCUAGCUCCAUCCCAGCCAAAUUAGAAGCAAGGCCACGAUUCCAAAAUAUGGGGGCACAAAGUUCACAACUGUAUGAGAGCAAUGAAGCUGAAAUAUACUCAGAGUCCUGUAGUGAUUUCAUGCUCUUUAUUGCAGCUUGUAAAACAGUGAUUGAAUUGCCCCCCAAACCCCAGGCUUUUAUAAUACAUUAAUUACACAAUGAGUCCCGUCUGAUUGGCUGAUUCUGUUUCCCUCCUGGAGCCCGAUUGGUCUUUUCCUGCAGACCAAUCAGUUGUUGCAUUUUAGGAUCCUACCAGCCUAAUAGGCUGAUUAACUUCCUCCUGGAGCUUGAUCGGUCUUUUCCUGCAAGCCAAUCGGUUGUUGCAUUCUAGGAUCCUACUUGCCUAUUGUUCUAGGAGCCAAGCUUAGUACAUAACAGAAGCUGUCCCAACAAGUUCGCAUACCUAUCCAGCAAGCUCUUUUCCAGAAGAAGAGGUGCUGGAACUCACCAUGAAUGCCUCGCUUGUUAUCUUAUAAUGGUAAUGGAUCCCACCUGAGAGGUGCUGGAGCUCAGUUCCUGUGAGUUCUGGCUGAAAACAACAACCCCGUUUAUAGCUAAGGCACGGCACAUACCUUCCAUGAAAGAAUCAGCCUUGUAAGAAUGUCUAGCCUGCAGGUGCAGACUCCAUCAAGGUGGGUGCAUCUGUUCCCACUGGUGAAGGCAUCUUCUGACCCUGGGAGACAAUGGCAGACCUGCCUCCUCUUGUGAAUCCUCUUCAGCCUCACCCCAGGCUGUGGCUCUGAGCUCUCCACAGCCUCUGGCAACAUUCUCUCCUCGACAGGAAGGAAAACAGCAACAGAGACUCCAGUACCAGCAUUACCAUCUUUCUUCAGACAAGACUUUGCUCUGCUGUCUCAGGCUCCUGUCCCCACUCUUCCCCAUCUGCUGCCCAAGGUCCACACUUGAAGGCACUUAGUGAUGUAGGACACCUUCAUUACAAAUAACACAUAAAGCAGGCUUAUGAAUUUCUGUUUUCAUUACAGGCUGUUAUUUUCUCAGCAUUCAUUCAUUCACUGACUCACUUGAAUUUCUAACUUGUAUUUCAUUUCUUGUCUCGCUUCAGAAAUACAGAUUCACACUCAUAUGCCACAUGGAAGUGACCAAUUGCUUUCCGGUGCUUGUCAACAUCAUCAGCAAUGCACGCCUGCGAAUGUUAAAUUCCACUGCCCAUAUUCGAAUCUGGAGUCACAUGUUUCUAUUUGUAAGUCUUUCAACUGGAUUGUAAGAAUGGUUACAGUAGUGUGAAGAGGCGGGCUAGUUGUAGUGGUGAAUAAGUGUGAAAACAGACACACACACACACACACACACACACACAAUCUCUCUUUAAUAGAUUUGCAUUCAUCUUUAAUAUUGAUAGGCUUCCAAGCCAAGGUAUUUCUAAUUUCAUCCAUUUUUCAGAACUUCUGUGAUUUUUAAAAAUCAUGCGUUCAGUUUGAAACAUCAUUUUAUUAGUUGGUGUUAUAUAUAUUCCAAGGUAUUUGAUAGAAACGUUUGUCCACUUAAUAUUCAUUUGUUUUGAUAUUUUAGUUUUAAUUUCUUCUAGUACAGUAUAUUAAUACUCAUAAUAUCUGUACCACCUGAGUCGAUUUUAUACUCAGAGACUCUGCUGUAGUCUCUGAAUUCAGUUGAUUCUUGUGAGUUUAUAAUAGUUAACAGUACUACAUCAUCAACCUAAAGACAACUUUUAAAUAAGCAAUGAUCAACUUUAUUCCUAUAAUUAAAUAUCAUUUUUAAGCCUACCAAGUGCAGAGAAUAAUAGCAGCUGUUCUAAUCAUAUAUACUGUCACACAGUGUUUAUAAACUUUAUCUUUCUGAUUUGUUUCCCAGCAAUUUAGUAGCAAACAGCUAUGGAUCUUUUUCUGUAACAUGUGCAUGUUUGGGGUAUUUAUAUACCCUACCUUUCCAGCACAUUUUGCGAUGAUGAGCGGUCGUUACUACAAGGUAAAGUAAUUAAACAUGCAUGAAACUUAUUCCCUUGCAAUGAAUGCAGUCUUUUGAUUUCCCCCACUCCAGUUGACAUCAAAUUCAGUAGAUUAUCUAUCAAUUUUGGAUCUGCAUAUAGUUUACUGUCCAAGCACCCACAGCACUCUUGGCAUUGCAGUACAAUUGUGUCUUAUGUGGGAGUUUAGUUCCAAGAGUCGCCCGUAUAGGCAAAACGCAUGAACUCAAACCCUUGGAACCAAACUUUUAUGUGAUCUUGUGGGAGCAUCCCAGACUGGUGAGAGGAGAUAGCCUUGCUCAGAAAGCAAGCCAGAUAGCUUAAAAGCUCUAUGUGCACCAGGAAAAUCCAGUGUAAAAAUAGUUUCUAAGUUCUCUGCCUCACUUCCCAAGCAAAGCCCUUUCCACACACCAGCAUUUAACAUCAAUCAGCCAGUGUUCAACUGCAUAUGGUUGAAAUCGCGCAAGUUAAAUGUGCGUAAGACAGAAUCAUAUCUUUGGGGCCUAUCACCCCUACAUUCUUGUUUUUAUGAUAACUUAUUUGAGUUGGAUAUAGCUCUUUGAUUUAUGUUCAAACCUUGGGAGAUCGCAAUGGGGAGCUAACGAUUCUAUUGAUUCCAAUGUGCCACAAUGGAAGAAAUAAAAACUUUCAGUUUUAUGCUAGCUCUUAUAUCCCAGUCCAGAUCUCCCUUUGAAUGUUUUAUUAUUUGUUUUUGAAAUGUAGAGACUGCCCUAUUAAAAAAAGUUUAAAAAAACAAACAAGCUGAAACAGUGAUAAAAAAGAGCAAUACAAUAUACAUUUCGGAAUUGAGAAAAAAUGAGCACACCAAAAAAAGGGGGGGGGAAUAAAACUGCUAUACAGUGGUACCUCGGGUUACAGGCGCUUCAGGUUACAGAUGCUUCAGGUUACAGACUCUGCUAACUCAGAAACAGUACCUCAGGUUAAGAACUUUGCUUCAGGAUGAGAACAGAAAUCAUGCUCUGGCGGCGCGGCGGCAGCAGGAGGCCCCAUUAGCUAAAGUGGUACCUCAAAUUAAGAACAGUUUCAGGUUAAGAAUGGACCUCCAGAACAAAUUAAGUUCUUAACCCAAGGUACCACUGUAGUAAGGUUUUUAAAUUCUGAAAGGGCAUUAAAAGAUGUCUCAGGUGCGCCUUCUUGUGGGGGUCAUUCCACAACUGUGAUGCCACUACAGUGGACACUCGGGUUGCGAACGUGAUCCAUGCGGGAUGCACGUUCGCAAUCCACGUCUGCGCACGUGUGGGUUGCUAUUUGGUGCUUCUGUGCAUGCCAAAGCAUGAUUUAGUGCUUUUGCGCAUGCUCGGCCGCUGAAACCCAUUCCGGUACUUCCGGAAUUCGGUGGUCCGCAACCCGAAAAAAGGCAACCUGAAGUGGCUGUAACCCCAGGUAUGACUGUACUGAAAAUGCACUUUCACUCUAGGCCCCCUGCUAGAAGGGCCUCCUGCAAUGAUCUGCAGGUCCAGGUAGGUAAGUGUGGCAAGAGGUGAUGAGUUCAGUAUUCUUGCAGUCAGUGCAAAGAUUUCCCAAUUCAUUCAAGUGGAGAGAGCGGGCAUUUAUUUGAAGUAUUGAUACACCAUUCCCUCUGUCUGACAUCCAAGGGCAUACUAAGUUGCCAGCUCCUGUAGUUCCUUCCCUAUCUCACCUAGGAAUGGGACACUUUUCUCAGACUUCUCCUUCUUUAGUCUUUGGUUGCUCGUUUCCUCCCCUCACCCUCUUGUUUCCUCAGAACACUCCUAUUCAGAACUUCAUUGUUUUUGCUCACAUUUCAGCUGAUACCCCUGUUAAUUCAUGACAACUUACUAGGAGACCAGCGGUCACCUCAGCAGUGUCUUCAAUGCUACUUCCUCAAUCCUGGCCAAAGUGGUACAGAGAGGAGGUUUCUCCCAAACCUGAGCCCACCCUUGAUUUUCUAACUGCCUCCCUAAAUCCUUAAGUUGCCAUCUCUUUCUCCAUUAUCGUUUUGUAAAUUGCAGAGCCCAAACCCUUUAGAAUGGUCCCCUGGUGUUAAAAGUAAAGGGUAAAGGGACCCCUGACCAUUAGGUCCACUCGUGGCCGACUCUGGGGUUGCGGCACUCAUCUCGCUUUAUUGGCCGAGGAAGCCGGCGUACAGCUUCUGGGUCAUGUGGCCAGCAUGACUAAGCCGCUUCUGGCGAGCCAGAGCAGCGCACGGAAACGCCGUUUACCUUCCCGCUGGAGCGGUACCUAUUUAUCUACUUGCACUUUGACAUGCUUUGACAUCACGGGGAUUCGAACCGCCAACCUUCUGAUCGGCAAGUCCUAGGCUCUGUGGUUUAACACAAAGUUUAUUAGUUCUAUUUAUUAAAUUUGCUAGUCGCUUUUUAACCAAAGCCAUUCAAAGAGUCUUACAGUAAAUAAACAAACACAUACCUUAAAUCUGUCAUAAAAGGAAGGAAAGAAAAAUCUAAAUGGCUACUCUACUUUAAAAAAGUUGAAAUAAAACAUACACACACCCCCACACAAGGAGGCAAUUUAAAACCCAAGAAAUGUUUUUACCUGGUGCCUGAAGUUAAGUAACAAUGGCACCAGGUGAGCCUCUCGGGGGAGAGCAUUCCACAAGUGGGGAACCACCACUCCCAUCUUAUCUGAACCUCCUGUGGAGGGGACAUAAAAGAAAGGGGGGGACUAAGUAAUUGAUGAAAAAUAUUAUGUAUCUUAGGGACGUGGGUGGCGCUGUGCAUUAAACCACAGAGCCUAGGACUUGCCAAUCAGAAGGUCAGCUGUUCAAAUCCUCGUGACGGGGUGAGCUCCUGUUGUUCAGUCCCGGCUUCUGCUAACCUAGCAGUUCGAAUGCACAUCAAAGUGCAAGUAGAUAAAUAGGUACCGCUCCGGCGGGAAGGUAAACGGAGUUUCCGUGUGCUGCUCUGACCCGGAAGCUGUAUGCUGGCUCCCUCGGCCAAUAAAGCGAGAUGAGCGCUGCAACCCCAGAGUCGGUUACGACUGGACCUAAUGGUCAGGGGUCCCUUUACCCUUACCUUUAUUAUGUAUCUUGCCACAAAUCAUAUACUGAAGGGCAUAAUUAUCUCUUGCAAUUUUCUUUGCUAGAUAAAAACUCGUUCUCAGUUGCGGGUCUCAGGACUCUUUCCUUCUGCCUUUUGGUGUGGAUUAGCUCUGGUGGACGUCCCUUUGCAUUUUAUUCUCCUCCUGCUGCUGCUUUGGCCGUGGUUCAGACUAUUAGAUAUUGUGGGACCUCAUGGCCAUACUACCACAAUUUUAUGUUUGGUGAGUAUAAUUACUUACAUUACUUUUUAAAAGUAGUCUUUAAAUGACCUUUAAUGUUUACAAUGCUUACAAACUAAUGUUUACAAAUGUUACAAACAUCGAACCAUUUCCACUGAAUAAUAAACUUGGGCUGCGAUCCUCAAUAGUUUACAAGGGAGUAAACUCCCCGAACAUAAUGGGCCUUCUGUAUAGUUUGGUCAUAUGAAAUGAGUUCCCAGAAAACCCGUGUUUUCAGACACCAGUCUUAACAAUAAAUAUUAACCUUCUUCUUAACAGGUGUCAUUUCUGUUUGGCUACAGCACGUCAAUGGUCUUAUUCCUAUAUGUAAUUGCCUUCGUGUUUCGCAACAAAUGGCAUGCUAGCAGUUUUUGGUCAUUCGUCUUAAUCUUGGUAAGUUUUAUGACCAGACCACUGACUGAUCAUUUAUUUCCUUAUAUUCUUAAUCUUACAAUACCUCUAAUUGUUUAUAAUUUUCCAUUAAAGUAGACAAAUCAAUGGAUGCUUCAAAUAUAAUAAUGUGAAAUAAUGUAAGACUGAAUGACACGUUGAACAGAAAAGAGCAUGAGCAGUGAUCCUUUAAGUGUGCAUACUUAAGCGGUAUUCUAUUUUUUAAUUUUUUUUAGUAUUUAAUUUUUUAUUAGUUUCAAUUCAUUGUACAACACCAAACAUUAAAACAAUAAAAAAGACAAAACACAAAAAACAAAGAAAAGAAAAACAUUGCAUAACAUAAAACACCAACAAAUUAAACUUACAGUUACUAAAUAACUAAAUCACACAACAAUGAUUGACUUCCCUUCAACUCGGUUUUGGAAUAUGUUAACAAAAGAUUUUCUAUCUGCAGUUUUGUUUUCUUAAAACUCUUUACGUCGCAGGCGUUACAUCGAGCCUACUGUGAUUUUUAGAUUUUUUACAUCUGUUUCAAUAUAUGUCAUAAGUUUAUUCCAUUCAUUAUUAAACUUUGUACCUUUUUGGUUUCUUAUUUUCUGUGUCAUUUUUGCCAAUUCUAUAUAAUCAAAUAAUUUAGAUUGCCACUCAUUUAUAGUUGGGAUUUUUGAUGUCUUCCAAUUUUUGUGCUAUUAGUGUUCUAGCAGCCACUGUUGCAUAUUGGAAAAGUGUUUGGUCUUCCUUUUUAAUUUCUUCUCCAAUUAUCCCCAGAAGGAAGGCCUUAAGCGGUAUUCUAAAUCAGGUCUCCAGCUGUUGUUGGACUACAACUACCCUCACCCCUCACCCCUGCUCCUGCUUGCUAAGGAUGAUGGGAGUUGUAGUCCAACUACAGCUGGAGAUUCAGGUUUGGGAAACCCUGUUCUAAAUACUUCCUUCAAAUUGUCUGCAUUUGAGCCAAGUUAUUCCAUACUUGGGACUGUGAGGACCCUUCUUCAGGAGCUGCCCAAAGAGAUCUGUACCUGUCUUAUAGGUAAAGGUAAAGGUAAAGGGACCCCUGACCAUUAGGUCCAGUCGUGACCGACUCUGGGGUUGCGGUGCUCAUCUCACUUUACUGGCCGGGUCAUGUGGCCAGCUUCCGGGUCAUGUGGCCAGCAUGACUAAGCCGCUUCUGGCGAACCAGAGCAGCACACGGAAACACCUUUACCUUCCUGCCGGAGCAGUACCUAUUUAUCUACUUGCACUUUGACGUGCUUUCGAACUGCGAGGUUGGCAGGAGCAGGGACCGAGGAACGGGAGCUCACCCCGUUGCAGGGAUUCGAACCACUGACCUUCUGAUCGGCAAGUCCUAGGCUCUGUGGUUUAACCACAGUGCCACCCGCGUUCCUUAUACCUGUCUUAUACUCUGCCACAAAAAACUUUUCUUCUUGCCACUAGAAUAGGAUACUAUCAUUUUGCCCCUUCCUCAAUAAUGCCUGUGAAGCCAGUGGCUGUGAGGUAAGGUGAGGCAACUGCCUCAGGUAGCAGGAUCCAUUUGGGCAACAGACCCCAAUGUAGAUCUUAUUCAGGGCCAGCUCACCCGUGAGGCAAGCUAAGGCAACCGCCUCAGGCGUUGGAAUCCACAGUGGCAGCAGUUCCCAGUAUCAAACUUUCUUUCCCCACAUUCCCAAUAUAGACCUUCCCCCACCCCUUCUUCUCUGGCAGGGAGGGGAAGCCACUUUGGGGUCCACCUCAGAUGCCAAUAUGUCUUGGGCUAGCCCUGGGGUAUAGAUUGCAUUCUAUGGGUAUCGGGUGAAUUCCACCUCCCACCCCAGCAAUUCGCAUCUUCCAGUGGGGUGGGAGGUGGGAUUCACCCGCUACCCACAGAGUGGUAACUCUCAACUUAUGCACAUUUAACUUCUGAGCAUUUAGAUUUAUGCGCUUGGCAAAUAAAAAAAUAAUAAUAAAAGUUGAAAGGGGACAGAAAGCGGGGCAGGUAUCCAAGAAAAAAGACUUUGGCAAUCCCACCCACCAUUGAACCCAUUAUAUUUUGAUAUACGUGAUUUUGGCUUCACACUCUGUCCUCAGAACAUAACCCCCACGUAAGUUGAGAGAUGUAGUUACACACACUUGGUUGUGUUUCAUUUGGGGUGUAAAGGAGUUAAGCCUCAGUAUGGAAAACAAAAUGGGAAGAAGCUGUUUAAUCUGUUCAAAAGCUUAAUAUAUUUUUUAUCGUUUCAUUUCAGAUGAACAUGCUUGCUUUGAUUAAUGCAGUCUAUGCAGUCCACGAUGUGCAUCAUCUACUAAUAUUAAUUCUUCCCCUGUUUACAGCAACAGAAUUUAUGUUAACUUUCACAACGGUAAGCAAAAGUGCAGCCUAUUCCUGGUAUCUUUAACUUGCCCAUUAGGGCACCAAAGAGCCCUUGGUACCUUUGUCACGUACCAAGACUACCUGCCCCUUCCAAUUUUAUUUUCAUUUUUAAAUGAUGUUUUUGGGUUGGGAAGCUUCCUGUUUUUAUGUGGUGUUGUCUGUGCAUUUUGUCUGUGCUUUUGCAGGGUGGGGAUUUGUGUUGGGUGGGGGGAGUUCCAAACAUGACCAAUUUUUUGCCCUAUGAAAUCGGCAUUAUUUGGUGUCCAGUUUCUGAAUUUAUCACACAAUUCGAAAAGGUUAGGGUCCGCUAGGCUAUCGCUUUGCAACUGUGCUCUUGGGUUAAGGAAACAGUAGCUCAUCAAGGGCCACCAGAUUCAUAAUGGCACAUCUUCCUGGUCUGUAAUCCCGGAAUAAAGGUGCUCCCAAUUAAGGUUUACACCCACCCACCCCCCGAGCCACCUCCUCUUUUGGAACCUGAUCUCGCAACCACUGUGCCAUCUGUGCAGCUACCUGAUCUAAUCUCCUUGACCUUGGGCUGAUCGGCUGGACACUUUCCAGUGAACCGGCUCUAACAACUAGGUGCGCCUUAUGGUCCGGUGUGCCUUAUGGAGCGAAAAAUACGGUAAUACAGUUGUACCUUGGGUUACAAAAUUCCAAACAAACCUGAGGGACUUUACUCACAAAAUGCCUAGCAAAUUUGUUUUAGCAGAGAUCCAAUGGGACAUUUUGGUACUAAAUUCCAGGAUUCCCCCCUUGCUCUGUUGCACCCCUCCACGUCGAGAGGGGGCUCCAGGCCCUCCAGGAAUCGCCCACACAUCUAUUGAUUCUGGCUGCCUACACACACACACACACACACACACACACACACCCCACCGGGCAUACAUUUGGAGCCCAUCCUCUCCUCUGCCUCAUGAAAAGGAUUCUGGGAAGUGUAGUUUAUCCUCUGCAGCCAGGCAUUUGGCUGACUAACAUCCUAUGUCCUUUUACAUGUUUUUUUGGAAGGGGGGAAUGUUUGUUGCUUUGGUUUGUUCUUGUCCUUAUUAUGCAUUUUGUAUCUUUUGUCUCGUAUUUAUAUGCUGUGAAUUGCCCUGCAAUUUUCAGAUGAAGGGCAGUAUACAGAUUUAAUACAUAAAAAACAAUCCUGCAUAGACCUGCAGUUCCCAAUAUUCCUAUCUCGCACAACAAGAAGCACUCAACAUAAUGUAGGUCUUAGAAGCUCACAGGUCCUCGAGUCACUGUCUUUCAAAGUCAUUUUCUUUUACUUCACAAACUAGUAUACUUCUGAGUAAGCAGAAACAGUUAACUUAAUUUGGCGGGACACUAACUUUCAAGCUGACAGGCACUGGCACAACCUGACUUCAGUAUUAGAGGGAAUAAUCUACAGAAUCACCUUUUUUCCCCUUACAGAUGUUGAGUGUAUCGUUUUAUGAUGAAAAUAGAUCAUUAAUGAAUCUGAUCUGGGCGGCUUCCUUUAUGGUGAGAAAUGAAUUCAAUAUUUGUAGGGGAGAUAUUUUAGUUCGUAGGGUGUUGUAUCCAAUGGAAUGGGUGUUCACCUUGUUGCGAGACACUAGACAGGAGCAAAGACUUGUGGGGAGCAGGCUGGACUCCCUCAGUUUUUCCUUCUGUCUAGAUGCAUACAGGUGAAACUUGGAAAAUUAGAAUAUUGUGGAAAAGGUCAUUUAUUUCAGUAAUUCAACUUAAAAGGUGAAACUAAUAUAUGAGAUAGACUCAUGACAUGCAAAGCAAGAUAUGUCAAGCCUUUAUUUGUUAUAAUUGUGAUGAUCAUGGUUUAAGUUGAAUUACUGAAAUAAAUGAACUUUUCCACAAUAUUCUAAUUUUCCGAGUUUCACCUGUACAGUACAUUCCUCCCAGCUCUCCUGACUCAACUAAGUUUUUUCCUAGUUUCUGAACCCUCUUUUUUCUUUAGAUUUCCCUUAUCGUCGUUUUAGUUCUACAGUUCUUUGUUUGUCCAUGCAUUGUGGUUUCUUACACACACACAAAAACCAACCAACUAACCAAACAAACAGACAGACAGACAGACAAAUGAAACCCUUUCCUUUGCUCUUUCUGUUUGGUUGUUCUGCUUAUUUGCCACUCUUCUUUUAUUCCUUAGUUGUUUACUUAUAUUGAUAAAUUUUGCAGAAUCAGUGCCCGGUGAGAUGUGCGACUCAAAAGACAUGUCUCAUCCAUUUCCUCAAUUCUCAGUGCUACCGGUAGCCUGCCCUUAUCCCAGAACUGGUUAGUCAAAUGCUUUCUCAAGGGUGCGGUAUGUCGACACCCACCAAUGGCACAUCGCCUCCCCACCUGGAAUUUACACUCGGUCCUCACAGCUCUUCAGAGACCUCCUUUCAAACGUCUAUGUCUUGCACCCCUAAGGAUCCUUUCCUUCAAAGUUCUCUUUUGGUGGCAAUCACUUCGGCACACAGUGUCAGAGUUUUCAGCCCUUUCUACACCUAAACAUUUUUGUAUUUUCCACAAGGAUAAGGUGGCGCUAUGUUCAGACCCUUUCCUUCCUUCCGAAGGUCUAUCUAGGUUCCACUGCCAACAAAAUCUGACUCUCUGACUUUCCGUCUGCAUCCAAAAUAACCGAAGGAGCAAGCCUGGCACUCCCUGGAUGUGUGCAGAGCUCUGAAAGUGUACCUACAUCAUACAAAAUCCUUCUCUACAAUGGAUCUCUCUACCUGGUUUUUAAAUGGCAAGGAGAGGAAUCUUAUCUCCCUAUCUUACUGAUGAGCACUAGAACACUAAGACCACAUUGUAGAUAAGAGCAUCGGAGAGAACUCUUGCUUGUCUCUGAUCUUAGUGUCCUGGUGUUAAGAUGGGAGAUCCCCUUACUUGCCCCAGGCAUGAUGUGGUUAGGAUCUCAGAUGAUUGGCAGGUGUGUUGGUUUGCCCCAAAUGGCUGCAUGGACCAAAUGAAGAGGCAAUGGCCUCCCCCACUACUGGUUUAUAGGAUUGUAGCCCAAAUAUAGUGACUUAAAUUGGUUAUAGGUCUGUACACUUCUUGAACAUAAUUGGUUGUUUCUGAUUUUUUUUGUUUUUUGUUUUGUUUAGCCUUACUUCCACAUUGUGGUUCUCAUUCUUUUACUUCGCUGUCUGACGGCGAAAUAUGGCAGGCCAGUUAUGAGAAGAGAUCCUGUGUUUAGGUUUGUACACAUAUGGUUAACCUGCUUAUGCAGUCAGACUUAGCAAUGCAAAAGGUUUUCCUGUUUUUCUUCUGAAAUGAUGACUUUCAAAUACAUACAGUCAUACCUCGGCUCCCGAAUGCCUUGGGAGUCUAACGUUCUGUCCCCCAAACAAUCAAAAACCAGAAGUGAGUGUUCGGGUUUUCAAUUUUUUUUUUUUAAGCCGAAUUUCUGGUGCGGCUUCCGCUAUUGUUUCCGGAGCGCCCGUGCAAUCAGGAACCAAUCAGAAGCCGUGCCUUGGUUUCCAAACUUUUCGGAAGUUGAACGUACUUCCGGAAUGGAUUCCGUUCAACUUCCAAUGUACAUCUGUACGUCACUUUUUAUAUCCAUAGGUUCUUCUCUCUCUCUCUCUCUCUCUUUUAAAAAAGCAAGUUUUCCUAGUUCUGCGCUUAAGAAUCCCAAUAUCCCCUGGGAGUAAUUCAGUGUAGCGCUAAGCAAAUGGCUCUGUCAAUGCAUCUCUGCUGGCCUGAGGGAAUCAACUUCUCUCUCUUCCCACUUACUGUUCCAGGGGUUCUCUUCACCCCUCCCCCAAGCCAAUUUGAUGCAGUAAUGGAUGGAGGAGUUGGGGUAGUCCUGUUGUACUUUUGGAAGUUCUUGAACAGGUUCCCACUGACAGGGCUUUUUUAGUUUAAUCCAGCCCUUGGUUCGCUUUAUUUAUUUAUUCCAUAAAAACUUUAAGGCAGAGAUUUCCAAACUCUGUGUUGAGAAACGUUAGUGUGUCGGCUGCAGUGUGUAGGUGUGUCGUGUGAAUGCUCCCCACCCUGAGGUAAAAAUCAUGGAGUUAGGGGACUCAAAGAAUCCCAUGGGGAGUUGGGCAGCAAAAGCCAAAUUUUCGCAUCAAUUCUCCUCCUGGGGCUGAAUUACUGUGUUGCAAAAUAAUGCAUGUCUAAAAAGGGGUCACCAAUGUGAAAGGUUUGAAAAGCUCUGCGUUAAUGUGUUUGGCAAUGUGUAAAGGUAGAUUCAUUUCACAGUUGUUGUUUUAAAGAGGAUAUUCAAGAUUUAACAAACACCUUCAUAAUUUUUAGGAAUCUUUCAUUUCACGAGGGUGCUUGUUUUCUUCCAUAGAGCCAAACUUCUGAAAAAAGAGGAUAUUAUUUUGUUGUUAAAGUAUGAUUUUAAAAAAUUGCCUGACAUAGGCAGAAUAUAUGUUUUGUUUUGAUUUGAUUUGAUUUAUUAUAUUACUAUGCUUCUUUUCAUUCAAAUGAAUCCCAAAGCGGCUUUCAAACAAACAAAAAAUAGCAAUAACAUGAUAGAACAUAAUAGAACAUCACAAAUAACAACAUAAAUGUAAUAGAAUAAUUAACAAAUCAUCAGUAGAACAUUUGCAAUCUAUAAAACACUGCUUACAAAUCAACAACUUAAAAAAAAAGACAAACAUCACAUUUAAAGCAAGCCAUAUUAUAUGAUUAACAAAUCAAUACAGCAUUUAUAAAACAAUGUUAACAACGUUAACAAUCAAUCUUUAGCUCCAGGAGUUGACUUUAUAAAUAGAAAAAUAAUAAUGGUGAUCUUAAUAAUGUUACAUACCACCCCAGUCUCCAAAUGGUGAGAGAUUCCAGGGGUUUCAGCGCAUUCUCGAGUUCAGUUUUCUUUGAAUGAAGACUGGCAGGGACUGGAGAGGCCUUAACAGUAUUAACUUCCCAACAGAUCUUGCUUUCCCAUUAAGCUUCCAGGGAAGCCCCAAAGCCCAGCACAGAACAAGCAUGUCUCUUGUGUCUCCAGCUUCUUCACCUCCUUUCUGCCUAGCUUACACUACACUGGCUAUUGUUCUUGUAUUUGCCUGGCGAGGCCCCGGGCCCUGCAGUUCCCUUAGAUAAUAGACACACGGACACAAAUGUUUAGCUUAAUGGGAUAAAAUAGGCCACAACUUUAUUGGUUACGGAAGGGACGCGGGGUGGCACUGUGGGUUAAACCACAGAGUCUAGGACUUGCUGAUCAGAAGGUCGGUGGUUCGAAUCCCUGCAACGGGGUGAGCUCCCGUUGCCCGGUCCCUGCUCCUGCCAACCUAGCAGUUCAAAAGCACGUCAAAGUGCAAGUAGAUAAAUAGGUACCGCUCCAGUGGGAAGGUAAACGGCGUUUCCGUGCGCUGCUCUGGUUCGCCAGAAGCGGCUUAGUCAUGCUGGCCACAUGACCCGGAAGCUGUACACCGGCUCCCUUGGCCAAUAAAGCGAGAUGAGUGCCACAACCCCAGAGUCAGUCACGACUGGACCUAAUGGUCAGGGGUCCCUUUACCUUUACCUUUAUUGGUUACAGAUGUGAGCGGUUUGCCUUAGGCAUUGGGCGAAAUGAUAUCUUGACUUCUGCCCGUCUACAGGGAGUCUCAUUAGGGUAAACCACCGGUAGGGGGGAGCCCUAUGAUAUACAUCAAUUAAGAGCACCCCCAGGGUCACCGAUGGAGUCGUGCCAUGGCCCUAGCCUACACCCAGGCUCCGGACAGGAUCCAGAUCUGCGGUAUGGCACAGAGCAAUUAUGCUUAUUAUGUCGUUUAUCUACUCAGCCACAGCCAUUGCCUAGAGAGAUUGGCUUGAUGAGCUUGCUCUCAUACCUCCUACCCCCCCCCCCCCCGAUAGAGGAAGGAAAAAAUUGGAAGGGACUUGGGGCAUCAUGCGGACUGUCCCCCGUCCCCCAACAAAAUUCAUACAACAAUAAUACUGUGGCUAGGGAUAUACAAACUAUAAUUAUGCAUAUGUUUCUGCCUAGCCCCCCCCCCCCCCGAUAUUUGUUAUCUGCAGAAGCAGGUGUAAUUUUGUAAGGCAGCAUUUUCUGGGCUGUGACGAGUUUGCACAUUAAGUUCAGAGAUUCUCGCUUCCUCAUGGACUGUUUUCUGCUUUCCUACUUGAGAUUGGAAUUCAUUCCUUGGUGUGCAGUGCUUUUGAAACACUUUCUGUGGUGUCUUUGAUCUGUAGGAUUUCUCCACAGAGAAAGAGCAGCCAUCAGAAUCCUGAAGAGGCCAGUCAGGGUGAUGAUAGAGAUGUUCAAGAGGAAAGGGCAAGAGUUCAGAGUGCACUGGCCUCUGCAAAUCAGGAAGAGGUAAAGCAGAAUUAUUGUGAUUUCCUUGUUUUAGAAAGGCUUUUAUAGCUUGCUCUGCUGUUCAUUGCAGUGAUUUGCUUGUGUAAUGUAACUCGAUGCCUGCUCCUGCUUACAGUCACCUUGGAAAACAAGCUUUUAUGGCUUAAACACCUAACAUUUUUGGCACUCCACGGGUACUUCUUAUAAAAGCUGGAAAAAGUGGAGGAAGAGAUGCUAAGAGAAAAGGACUGAGGCCUCCUAGAUAAACAGAGCUCUAUGUAGGGAUGAGAUAUUAGUGUCCGGAAGAAGAGUGUCAGUACCUUAAGUGCUGGAAAACUAAGUACUGCAGAUACCCUGUUUUUCAAAAGCCAAGCCAUGCACCCCCAUACUUUUGAAAAUGUUGAUAUCUCUACAGUAGCUUUUGUUAUGAGAAUGGUUAUGCAGACCACCAAUUGCGAACCACUGUCUUGGCUUAUUAAUAUUAACAUAUUAAUGUUAAGGUGACUUACUUGACCUAACAAUAAUUUGAAGCAUCGUCUUUUCUUCCAUCAUCUUUACCUGGUUUCUUAAUAUGCCACAGUUUUGACAGUUGUUUGCACAGGUGUGUGGUUGGGAUGCUGGCACAGUUAGCACUAUCUGAUGAUGUAUACUUGAGGCAUUUAGCUUUGGAGUGGGACCACAGUUCACUGAUAGAGCUCAUGCUUGCAUAGAGGAAGGCUUCAGAGUCAGGUAAAGGGCAUGGAAAUCCUCUGUCUGAUAUCUUGGGGUACUGCCACCAGCCAGAGAGUAAAUAGACAAAUAGCCUGGCUUGUUAUAAGUCAGCUUCUUCCUAUGUUUCUGUCUGAAGCAGAAUGUCUUCCAUGGCUCUUGCUUUGACCCACUUAAACCAAAGGUAUAGCUAUGUAUGUAUAUGUGCUGUAAGCAAGCUUCUCUCUUCUGCUCCUAUUUAGAGACCAGUUAUCCUAGUCAGCAACUUGCGCAAAGAAUACAGAAGUGAGAAGGCUUGUUCCUGUGGCAAGAAAAGCAAGACGCUGGGGAAAGUGGCCACCAAAAGUGUCUCCUUCUGUGUUAAAAAAGGUUUGCUGGCAAUGGAAAAUUACUGUUACAGCUUGACCAAGGAAAAGCAUAACUUUUACUUUGUAGUCAUUUUGGGGGAUGCUUGACAUUUGAAUAUAUUGUAAGUGACUCAGAUAGGAAGGAAAGGGAUCAGUAUAGGGGCAGACCAAUCCUAAACCCCAGAUCUGCUGGCUGCUUGGUGGGUUGGGUUCUGAUGUGGUGCAGGUGCCCCUUUGGUGGCAUGGGGCCACAGCUGCUGCUGAAAGUUUCGUUGCCAUUGAUCUACUAGUUGCAGCAUUUUUCCUGGCAGUAGCCCCAGAAAGGCGGUGUUCCUGGGGAAAGCCAGAAGCAGAGCCAGACUUGAAUCUACUGAACCCAAAAGACCCUCUUCUUCCUAGAUGGGACCCAGGAUCGGGCUUGUUACCAAUGGCAGCUUGGAGAUGGGUUGGGUAAUUUCAUCACUACGGUGGUACCUUGGGUUACAGAUGCUUCAGGUUACAGACUCUGCUAACCCAGAAAUAGUACCUCGGGUUAAGAACUUUGCUUCAGGAUGAGAACAGAAAUUGUGCUCUGGCAGCGCAGCAGCCGCAGGAGGCCCCAUUAGCUAAAGUGGUGCUUCAGGUUAAGAACAGUUUCAGGUUAAGAACAGACCUCCGGAACGAAUUAAGUAAUUAACCUGAGGUACCACUGUAUUGGUUUCAGUGGAAGGUACUCCCAGACCGGCUGAUGCAAGCCGGCAGGGCUUUGGAAAUAGUGGGGUGAUUUGCCACUUUUCUCUCCAUUGUACCCAGGAAAAUUUUCUUCGCUGUUGCAGAAAGUUAAAACUAAGCAGAGCUUAUAGAAGAAGGGCAUUUGUUGCUCCCAGGGAAUCAGGCUGUUUAAAAUUACUUAAGUUAUUUUAAGUUUUGUGUAAGUUUUUUUACUAUAUCAAAAAUCAACAUUAAAAAACACAUUUCUCUAGAGUCUAAAAUAAUUAUAGGGAACCUAAAUUGCUUAGAUAGUGAUGUGUUGUACUAUGCAUGUUUACUCAGAUGCAAGUCCUGAAAGUUUAAAGUUGCAGCCUUAGUCUAAUGAUCAUAUCCAAUUGUAAGACUUUGAGUAGUCCCUGGGAAGAUGACUGAGGCAACUGAGAGUGCAAUAUUUCUUAUGAAUAUAGCUAUCUGAGACCAUAUAACACCGGUCCUGAAAGACCUUCAUUGCCUCCCAGUACAUUUCCGAGCACAAUUCAAAGUGUUGGUGCUGACCUUUAAAGCCCUAAAUGGCCUCGACCCAGGAUACCCGAAGGAGCGUCUCCACCCACAUCAUUCAGUCUGGACACUGAGGUCCUCCUCCAAGAGUCUUUUGCUGAUUCCUUCACUGUGAGAAGUGAAGUUACAGGGAACCAGGCAGAGGGCCUUCUGAGUAGUGGUACCCUCACUGUGGAAGGCCCUGCCUACAGAUGUCAAGGAGAUAGAAGACAUCUGAAGGCAGCCCUGUUUAGGGAAUUUUUUAAUGUUCAAUGUAUUUAUCGUGUAUUUAAUAUUCUAUUAGGAGCCGCCCAGAGUGGCUGGGGAAACUCAGCCAGAUAGGCAGGGUAUAAAUAAUAAAUUCUUUUAUUUUAUUAUUUUAUUUUAUUUGCUGGGGUAAUGUGUAGUAUCCUUACCAAAGUGUGAGUAUGUGUGUUGUUCUAGGAGAAAUUUUGGGGCUACUUGGACCCAAUGGAGCUGGUAAAAGUACAACAAUGAAUAUGAUAACAGGAGACACAGAUCCAACAGCUGGACAGGUAGGUGUGAGCACUAAAAUGUACUCUUCUUUUUCAUGAACAGGUGCACCAUCACUGCAAAAGUCAACUUCAAUGCAUUACAAAGUGUAGUAUGGCAAUAGCAUCAAUAGCAGAUUCCCAUCUAGGACUAGGAACAGGGAGGGAUUUUUGCAUAGGAGGUAGAAGAUUGAGGGCUGGCCUUUAAUUUCCUAGAUAGGACUUUUAUAUUUCAAAAGAUGACUCAUCAUCAUCAUCAUCCUUUUUAUUCGACCGUCAGUCAGAAAAAAGUACAUUUUGUCAGUACACAGUUAAAACCAUCCAGGAAGAUUUUAAAACUUAGCCAACACUAAAAUGGGCUAAACAGAUAGCCCCAUAAAAAGAUGACUCAUGUUGGACAAAUUUAAAUGGAGCCACAAUAUUUUGGACAGGUCCUGAUGAAAGGAGCUGAUGCAGCUGCAACGGAAGAAAAUGCUGUCGGUUUUCUUGGCUACUGUCCCCAAGAGGAUGCCCUCUGGCCCAGCCUGACCAUGAAAGAACAUCUGGAGAUUAAUGCAGCUGUGAAAGGGAUGCAGAAAGACUCAGCUGGUGUUGCUAUCAGUCGGUAAGGGCAGCAAAAGAUCCUGUUUUCAUGGUACACUUCCUAUCUCUUAGUUUUUGGGCUACUGAGUGCAAAGCCCCACAUUCUAUACUUGACAGAAUCGUUGGACUUUGAAAGCUAAUUGUUUUUAGCAUUGACGUUUCUCCUUGGGAGGUGGGCAGUUAGCAUUAAGUUCUUACACUGGCAAAUAGCACAUGUGGUUUAUCUCCAUCCAGUAUCAUAACAGCAUCCCUGAGAUUCACUUGCAACCUCCCCUGUAAUUCUUAUGCAAAAGAGAUCCAUUCUAGAAUACUCCAGAUGUCGUUUCAUUUCUUCUGCCCUUUCUUUCAGAAUAGUUCAAGCUCUAGAACUCCAGGACUAUUUGAAAACGGCAGCUAAGGCAUUACCUGCUGGACUGAGAAGGAAAGUAAGUUCUGUGUUUUGUUAGUUUCUUGAACCGGUUGCCAAAUAUUUAAUGUUGGCUAAUGGAUAGAGACCAAGCGGCAUCACAAGGUACUUGGGUUUGUUGCUCAGUCAGCGCUAGUUCUUUGCCACUGCACUGCCUAUUUUCCUCCUUGCCCACACAGAACAAUGUAGUCCAUGGUGCAGAUUGCUGUCUCGAUAAUUUAAACAACAUAUCCACACCUUAGUUCUUAACAGACCUUCUGCUCUAAAUAUGUUGCAGUCUUACCAGGGUGUGUCCAUUCAAAACUUUGGGACUGAAAAUUAUCGUUGGAAGUCCUAAUUGCCUUGCUUGCCCACCAACCUCAGUUUCUUCAAGGAAAAAGGGUUCCUAGAUGAAAUGUAUUAUCAAAAUCUCUUAUUGGCUUAUUUGCCUGUCCGAGCAUUCGGCAUGUUUUAGUUUGGUCUCGCUAGGGACGUUGGAGAAUUCUGACAAAAGCGGUAAUGAGAGCAGAAAUUGCCAAUGCUUGUUUAUCCAUCCUGUUUCUGAAAUGGAAAUGAACCCAGCAUGUACCACUUUGUUUUGCAUUUACUGUUGUUGUUUCAGUCCACAAACAAUACAUAAUUCAUUAUUCUUUCCCCCGUUGCUUCCUUUGCACUGAAACGAAUAAUUUUGCCACAGUGGACUGUGAGACAGAUAAUGCAGUUUGGGCAGAAGAGAAACUACAGCACAAUAGAAUCAGUGUUUGGAAGAGAAAACAAUGCCUUCUUACAAUCACUAGUUCUCACUCACAUAUUGAUAAUUUUCUGGGUUUCUGCACCUGGGCAACUGUCACCACAGACUCAUCUGUCGUCCAGAACCCUCUGCAAAUAUUAUUAGUUGUAUUUGUACUUACUCCCCCCCCCAAAAAAUUAUAUCCUAUCAAAUGUUUGAAGCAACUUUAAAUGGUUAUUAUUGUUUCCUUCAUUUUAGUUAUGCUUUGCCCUGAGCAUGCUGAGUAAUCCUGCAGUGAUGCUAUUAGAUGAACCAACAGCAGGAAUGGAUCCUAAAGGAAAGCGCCAAGUGUGGUGAGUGACUCAUACACUUAAUAUCUCAAACCAGGUUUGUGAAUUUGCAAUACAUAAUAGCAUAUCACUCAAAACAAAAUGUAUACUUAUAAUGAUGUACUUGCAUUUAGGAAUCCGAGUAAAUAUUGUGAAUUUGUUCAGUGUUUUUUUGAAAUACAGUGGUACCUCAGGUUACAUAUGCUUCAGGUUACAUAUGCUUCAGGUUACAGACUCCGCUAACCCAGAAAUAGUACCUCAGGUUAAGAACUUUGCUUCAGGAUGAGAACAGAAAUCGUGCUCUGGUGGCGCGGUGGCAGGAGGAGGCCCCAUUAUCUAAAGUGGUGAUUCAGGUUAAGAACAGUUUCAGGUUAAGUGUGGACCUCUGGAACGAAUUAAGUACUUAACCCGAGGUACCACUGUACCAGACAAUAAUGUCUGCUAGGAACAGGCCGUUUACGGCUCCUUCAACCAUACCCCACCCUAGUAAAUCUUAUGUUGACUGCAGGAAAGCAAUCCUCACUGCGCUGAAGGACAAAGACCAAGGAGCCAUUUUGACAACUCACCACAUGGAAGAAGCUGAGGCAGUGUGUGACAGAGUAGCCAUCAUGGUGACUGGACAGCUCAGGUGAGCUUCAACUUGCAUUUUGUUUUCCAGCAUAUUAGGAUACCAUAAACAGCUGAUGUGUUGAUGGGGCGAAAUAUUCUUCUUAUUCUUUUUCCACCUUCUCAUAAGAAGCUUGCUGUAUACUUAAGUUUUUACCUCUAUCUUCAGUACACUAUAUUUUAUUUUAUUGCUAUGGCUAGUGGCUGAUGCAAAUAAAGAUUCUUCUGAUUCUGAAGCGCGCCAUGUUCAACUUAUAAUUUGUUACGUUUUUGACAAUAACUGUCUAAAGUGUGUUUUUAAAACAAAUUUUAUUAGAGUUUAUAAAGAAAAAUGCAAAACUUAAUAUCAAAUAUCUUUUUUAUCAGCAUUGAUCAAAAUAAGAUAAAAACAUAGCAAGAAAGAAAGAAAGACGAAAAGAUAAAGUUCAGAAACUAAAGAAUUUCCCAUUCUUCAUCUGUCCGCUAUAUAUAAACAAUAAUAACUUCAUCCACUCCAAUAUAACCCUCAACAAAACCAUUUUCUAUAACAAAACAUUAUCUUCAAUAACCAAAUCCAAAUGUCACAAAUGCUGAUUCCUUCCUUCUGCAGGUGUCUUGGUUCUAUUCAGUAUCUGAAAAGCAAAUUUGGCAAAAAUUAUUUGCUCCAAAUAAAAGUUAAGGGCGUGGACCACGGAGAGCUUCUGAAUACUCAUAUUCUACAGAUCUUCCCACACGCAGCUCGUCAAGAAAGGUAACUGGUGUUUUUCCUGCAGCUUGACACACAAUUUCCUGAAUUAUUUUGGUUACUAUAGUUUAUGUUCAGAGGGACACGGGUGGCGCUGUGGGUUAAACCACAGAGCCUAGGACUUGCCGAUCAGAAGGUCGGCAGUUUGAAUCCCCGCGACAGGGUGAGCUCCCGUUGCUCGAUCCCUGCUCAUGCCAACCUAGCAGUUUGAAAGCACAUCAAAGUGCAAGUAGAUAAAUAGAUAUCGCUCCGGCGGGAAGGUAAACGGCAUUUCCGUGCGCUGCUCUGGUUCACCAGUCUUGCUGGCCACAUGACCCGGAAGCUGUACGCCGGCUCCCUCGGCCAGUAAAGCGAGAUGAGUGCUGCAACCCCAGAGUUGGUCACGACUGGACCUAAUGGUCAGGGGUCCCUUUACCUUUAUAGUUUAUGUUCUUGUAUACCCUCUUACUUACCCUCCUUGAGCUUUUGGUAAUGGGCCAGAUGAACAUGAUGGGGACAGAAUGCCCUUCUGCUUCUUCCUGUCCCCCAGCCUUCUAGGCCCCAAUGAUGAACCAGCACGUGGACCUGCCACAUACUGAGCAGGUGUUAUUUCUGGAGACGGCCCCACACUCCCCAUUUCAGGUGGCUUCUGUUUCGAUCCAUAGGUGGAUGAGGAAACUCACGUGUGCCUCCCUUUUGAAACCAACAGCAGAGGCGGUUUUAGGGUGGCGUGCAACCAUUGUGAUUGCACUGUGCACUGCCCCAGGAAGCACCAGAAGGCUGUAGAAUAGAGUGAGAGAGGUGGGGGUGUGCCGAAUUUUAGUGCUGCACAGGGUGCUGUUGAAAUUUGAGAGUCCAAAGCACGCUGCUGCCAACAGCCAAGGCUGUGCACAAGGAGACCCUUUUAAAAUCUAGUCUUGUUGCUCAGCAGGAAAAGUUUCUCUCCUGUGUGUGUGUGUGUGUGCGCGCGCGCGCACGCAUGUGUGUGCGCAUGCUAGAUUCAACUCCCCCCAUUCCCCCAUACUGGACUUUGGUUUUUUUAACCAGGGCUGUGUACACGCAGACUGCUUGCACUGCACUUACUCCAUUUGGAUCAAAGCCAUUCUGGUGACUGAGUUGAUUUCCCUCCCCUUAGGAUAUCCACUUUGUUGGCCUACAAGAUCCCAAUGGAAGACGCACUGCCUCUAUCAAAGGCCUUCUCCAUGUUAGAGGAAGGUACGUACAGACAGACUGUGCAGUUGUUUGUGGAAGAUAUUUUAAUGCCCACCUGAUUUAGGUAUUGCCCCCUUUCCUUCCCUCUACGCACAGUGGAGAGGAUCCCUCCUUCUGACUCACUAGGUAGGCCUUUCCUACCUCUAGAAAGAUGUGUAACACCCAGCACAUUGAGGGAAUGUAGAGGCAUAUUGUAUCCCAGAGGUUCCCUCGCUGUGAUAAGCCAAGUUACAGGGAACCAAGCAGAGGGCCUUCUCAGUAGUGGCACCCACCCUCCCACCAGAUGUCAAAGAGAACAACAACUACCAGACUUUUAGAAGACAUCUGAAGGCAGCCCUGUUUAGGGAAGCUUUUAAUGUUUGAUGGACUAUUGUAUUUUAAUAUUCUGUUGGAAGCCACCCAGAGUGGCUGGGGAAACCCAGCCAGAUGGGCGGGGUAUAAAUAAAUUAUUAUUUAUUUAUUUAUUUAUUUAUUUAUUUAUUUAUUUUCUACAUGUUUGUGUGCUCUUGCUUCAAAUGCUGCAUCCUCAGACAUCUGGGGUGUUGAAGAGACGGAAGUGCAUCUUGCAUGAAUGAAGGUGCAAGGUGCAUCAUGGGAACAUAGAAAGCUGCCUUAUGCACAGUCAGACCAUCGGGUCCAUCUAUCAUAGCAUUGUCUUUGCUGACUGGCAAAGGUUCUCCAGUAACCCAGAAAGAACCUUCUACAUAAAAAGCAGAUGCUCUGGCACUGAAAUUCAGUCAUUCCCAUGAAAAGAACCUAUCAAGCUGAUUUGGGUCAACCAAACAUAAUUGGCUUUUUAUCCACACAGCUAAACGAAGCUUCAGCUUUGAGGAGUACAGCUUUUCUUUGAACACCUUGGAGCAGGUAAUGUGAUUUUCAAAUAUAAUUGCAUGGUGGGAUUUGUAGCGCUGCAUUCACCACAAUUUGGCUUCCUCGUGGGCUUCCUCUGCUGGAUUGGAAAAGUAGUGCCAAGCAUAGCUGUCAACCUUCCCUUUCUUUGCGGGAAAUUCCCUUAUUCCAGCGCCGUUUCCCGCUGCUAUCCCAGAUUGUUAGAUAUCCUGUAGACUGUCCCCGGGACAGGUGAGGCUGCUGAUCCCUUAUUUUCAAAUCUGAAAGUUGACAGCUAUGGUGCCAAGAGAGCUUAGCAAGUGCCUCCCCAGCCAGUGCUGGAUCUCUGCAUGCAGAACUAAGGAUUAUCUAUCCAAUUGGGAAUUUUCUGCAAAACCACUUUUAGGGAUCUGGUGAAGUUCUCCUGAGCCUGGCUCUGAAAAGAACUGGGGCAAGGCAAAGGGUCACCCUUAAAACCUCAGCAGAGGAGAUUUUUCUGCCCACUCAGCUUAAAAUAUUGCUAGCUUCCCUGGCCUCUCAGAUUGCCCCUACUGGAGUCAGUGGAAUGGCAUUGCUCUGACAUACUAAACAGGGGGAAAUGGAGAUUCUUCCUGGGAAGAACUGGGAGGUGGGUAGGAGCCUGCAAUGCACCCACAGGUGAAUUCCUUGGUUUCUUCUGCUUUAUAUAUUGUGUAGCUAUGUGAUUCCAUUGUAAACAAAAAGGGGAGAAACCAGCCCAUGGAGCGAGUUAGCUGUUUCUUGCAGGUCCUGAAUAAGGGUGUUGUUUUUUUACCCUUGAUUUUCUCCCUGUAGCAUCUUUUCCUUAUCAUGAUCAUUAGUUUGUGUACAGACAGUAGAAAGAUUUCCCCACUUCCUUGGAGAUGCAUGGAGUGUUUUUGUUGUUGUAUUUUGAGUUCUUGGAUUAGCUAAAAAAAUAUGGAGUUCAUCAGGGUGGGUUUUUUAAAGAAAAUGUUCAGCUUACAAUUUUUGAGCAGUUAGACACACAUUCUGGAUUUAGACUGCUAUUAAUUUGUCAUAUUGGAAGGAAAUGGCAACUGACAUGAUGGAGUAGGGUCCCUCCUUUAAAAAAGACGACAGAUUUAGGUCACAUCUGUACAUAAUAGGAUUGAUUUAAUUAUCUUCAUUUUCAUCAGAAUGAUCCAAAGAAAAGGAAUGUGAUAUAUUUCAAGCACUACUUAGCUGAAGAAACCCCCUUUUUUUUACUGUAUUGUGCAGGUUUUCCUAGAACUUGUCAAAGAGCAGGAACGUGAUUGUUUCGAUCCGUCCCCGAGCACAGCCUUUGAAUGGCAACAGCUGCAGCAGGCUGAUGUUUAA